AUGGCGGACUACGCCUCCCAUGAUCCCACGCGAGCGCCUCCUCGGAGCCCGUCCUGGGAGGGGAGCGCAGGCGCAGUGGCCGGGCGGAGACUCGGCAGCCGCAGCCUUCUACGUUUCCUCUCCUUCUUCGAAAAGGUUGGGAGAAGUUCGCCGCCUGGCUGGGUGAGUCCUCCGGGGGCGACGAGGGUGGUCGGGGCGGGAAGGGCGAGGUGGAGUUAGCCGGACCCGGGCGAGGCUCUUGCACCUGGAGGGGAUUUCUGUCACUUUGGCCGCACUUUGGGAAAAGUUGGGGGAAAAGAUUCCUGCCUUGCCGGGGUUGGACUAGAUGACCGCGGGGGACCCCUUCCAACUGCAGAGCUCUAGGUGAGGCGGAAAGAGGAGGGAGUUAGCUGCCGUUGUGGGAAAGCAGGCGUAGAUGAUGAUGAUGAUGAUGGUUAUGAUGAUUGAUUAUUUAAAAGGGUGGUAUGCACAAGGACAAAGAGUCAGUUGAAGCUCUCUUCUGGGGGAGCAGUUGCUGUGCAGAUCCAGCAACGCGGAGUAGGAUCCGGGGUCGCUCCACUUCCACACCCGCUUCAGUUCUUCCCUCGUGCCUCCCUUCCCCACAGCUCUUUUCCUCUGCAAACUUGACAAACUCACACCCAGGAAGCGCAACUCCACCCCUUGUCGCAUCGUGAAUCUUAUCCACCCCCCCUUCUCCGUCUGCUCUGCAAGGAUUUCCUCUCUCUGACUACAUGCCGGCUCCCCAACUCAAGGAAACUUCCUUCCUCUCUCUCUCUCUCUCUCUGAGGGGAAGAAAGGGGGGGGAAAUGUUUUGCAAGUGGGGUUUGGUGUUCUGUUGGAUGCUUUUGUCUCCCCACCCCACCUUGGGCUUUUCUGCUCAGGACUGCAGCGUGCAAAGCUUAGGGGUGUGGGUGGUUUUUUGUCACCAAUAUGAUUUCCCCAUAAAGAGGACAGAUGUGUCACUUUUGUUCCGCAGCUGAUUAAAAAAUGGCCAAGAGUUUAAUGGCAGGUGAGAGUGAGCCUUGUUUUGCCAUGGUGCCUGCCUCCCCUUGGCUGUGGAACAUUUUGUACUACGCCCAACAUCUUGGUACAAGCGAGUCCUCUUUUGCUUUUCGGUGUUUCCAUUCCUGUUGCAUGCAACAAAAGAUCGCUCUUUGCUUUACAUCUGUUCUAGGUGUGCAGGGUGAAUGGAAAGGGAAUCCUUUCUCACCACGGUCCAGAGUGAGCAACUUUUAAUUUAGACUCUGGACUUACUAACUUAAUGCCCUUCCUGUUUCCCCAGUGCCGGCUGAGGUGGUAAUGUCGGAACUAGGAAGUGACUCACACUAUAUCUUUGAAACACAUUCUUUCCCUUGAAGAAUUCUGGGCACUGCAGUUCGCAAAGGGCUGCUGGGAACUGCAACUCUGCGAGGGGUAAACUACAGGGCCCAGAAUCCUUUAAGGGAAAGCAUGUGCUCCGAUUGUGCUUUAAAGGUGCCAUGUCUGCAUAGCCUUGGUUUGGAACACCUUGUGCAACUGAUGCUCCUAUAUCUCCACCCUAUAAUGGUCAUUCGGAUCCCACCAAAUUUUCUGGGCACAUUUGUAGGUGUGGAUUGACAUGCCCACCUGGGGGUGUGAGGUUAAAGACGGGGAGCUGUCCCUGCCCCUCUCAAAGAAGUACAUUAUAUUUAUUUUUAUUUCAUUUCCCAUUGGGUGAAGGAGGGCUGUCCUACAUGCCUAUCUGAAUGUUUGGAUUGGCUUUGUGUUGGCAUGCUAUUGAAAAUGCUUUUGGGAGAGUAGGGUGCUAGAAGUGAAAAUAGUACUGAUGUUCCAUGAUAAUCUGCGUAAAGAGUGUUUCUUUGAAAUAUGGUCAGGUGGUCUUAAAGGGAAAUGUGCCAUGGAAACCCAUCAUGUAUGCCUCGUUGGCAUCAGACCUUUCUCCAUAGCUCACCAGGCUGAGGAAGGCUAGGGGCUCCUUGCAUGAGGCGACUGAAAAAUACAGCAAAUAAACAAUCCAAGCCUAUGGCUAUUGGGCCUGUGCUUAAAUAAAAGACUGGUCUAUCACGGUGGCAGUUAAACAAACAAACAAACGUCCUAGAAUAAUAGAAUCACAAAAUUCUGGAGCUGGAAGGGAUCAUGCGGGUCAUUUAGUCCGGCCCCCUGCAAUGCAGGCUUCUUUUGCCCAAGCCGCACCUCGAACUCGCAACCCUGAGAUUAAGAGUCACGCUCUGCUGAUGGAGUUGUCAUUGGCAUCUGUUUAGUGGACUAGAAGAGUUCAAAGAAUGUCAACAGUGUCUAUUGAAGUAUUCCCAUAUUUGUAAGGUGUUGCUUUCAGAAGUUGGGGUUAUAUCCAAUGCUAGUCCAGACCCCAUCCGCACUAAACAUUUCAAGCAUUAUCAUGCUACUUGAAACAGUUAUGGCUUCCUCCAGUCUUGGGAACUGUAGUUUGUUAUGGGUGAUGAGAGCGGCUAGGAGACCCCGAUUCCCCUCACAGAGCUGUAACUCUGAGGGGUUUAACAGUCUGUCCCUCUUCCCAGGGAACUCUGGGGAUUGUAGCUCCUUGAGGGGAAAAGGCGUCUCCUAACUCCCAGUACCUUUGACAAACUAAAUUUGAAGUGCUGUGACACUCCUUCAAGUAUUGUACAGAUGGGACCAAAGUUAAUGAACAUGACUAACUUCUGUUUAAGCAGAUGACUAACUGAGGUCCAGGAGUUUCACUGGGUGUACUAUGAGCAGAACUUGGUUUGAUACAACCUUGAGAUCUCCUACUUAUUCUUUUCUUCUGCUUGUAUUAUUGUGCUGCAGUUUCAAACAAGCCGUUUUACCUUCCAUGGGACUUUCUAAAAAGCUGCACAGGUAUGUGUCCCGUCCCCCCAGGUAUGCCGACUCAGGAAUGCUCACCUGAUGUGGCGUGCCUAAUAAAAUGUUAGGUGUGCGCCGUCACUCUUAUUAAUUCAAAGCAGUUCCGGUGCUGAGUGGCGUAGCUGAGUAGAAACAGGAAAUAAGAGCAUUCGAAAGGUAUGUUUGGCUUCUAGAAAUGGUACUUUGAAUGGCAGGGCUCCCUCCUGUCUCUAGGCUCUGUUUGCUAUGUAAAUGUGUACAUACUCGAAAUGUUUCCAUAAUGCUUGGGGCAUCUCCUAGACCAGUUUGUUUGCUUUGGCCUCCGGAAUAUAAAGUUCAGCAGUGGGACGGUUGUGGAAACAACCAGAGCGAUUGUCUUUCUUCUUUUAAAGAUAAACAAACAGUGGGAAGAGAACGGGGUGGCAGGCAAAGCACCCAACCUUAGUCCUCGUGAUGCUGGAUGUGUCCCUCACGAGACUUUUUUUGAGUGGUGCGUUCUUGGGAAAUCUUAUAGCAAAAGCAGAUCUGAGGAGUUGCGAGUUGAUUCCCAAAGGAGACAAGUUAUCGCUGCUGGAGGAAAGGGGAAAGGGAAAAAUUGGUUCAGGCCAAAAUACAAAUUAAAAAAUUAAUAAAUCUGGCUUGGGAUACCUAGAAUCGCUGAGUUGAGAGGGAACCAUGAUCAACCAGAAAUGUCAAUUAGGCUUACACUCUCCCCCAAUCUACCGAUAGCUCAGCCCACACCACAGAUGUGUCACCUCAAGUUCAGGGACCGAAAUGUGGCCCUCGAGCCCUUUCAGCCUGGCCCUCGUGACCAGGGGUUGGCAACCUAAGGCCCAUGGGCCACAAGCGGCUCAUGGGGGUCGUUUAACCGGCCCAUGGACCUCCACCGCCCGCUCUGUCAGCUUCUGUGCGCCGGGCUAAACUGGCGCGGAGCAAAGUGGAGACCGCCUUCCGCGACACUGGCCGGCUUCCCAUUGGCUGCAGGAAGCUCCCGCAGCCAAUAGGAAGCUGCACAUGCAUCCUCUGCGCCGCAAGGAGCGCAGGAAAUAGCGUUUGCGCGUGUGUGUGCGCACACUCCGGCCCACUGCGGCGUCUGCGGGACCGUGAACUGGCCCAAGCCACAAAAACUUUGCCAAUUCCUGCUCGUGACUCACCUGUCAUGCACCCGUCUGCACACUUGGCAAAUGUUUUCCCUCUAGCUGGAAUGCAUCUCUGAACCCUGAUAAUACUUCACUUUAUUUUAUUAUUGAAGUUUCCACAGUACAAUUAGAAAGAACAAAGCAAUCUACAAAAAAUUAAAGAAAAUAAACCAUGGAAAGAAGAAAUGGAAAAAGAAACUACAAAAUCCUCUUUCACCCCUAUAUCUUAACUUUCAUCCCCUACAGAGGAAGGUGUGCUCUCCCCUGAGCUCGUCCCUCUCUUGUCACAGCCUCCCACCCUGUGAGAUCUCCCCUUACCCGCCUCUCACACGGGGUCCUCAAACUCCUUCUCCUUCAUCUGUAUACAGUUCUUACCAAAAUACGAGAGAGACAACAACAAACUACAACAACAACAACAACAAACAACUACCAAGGGAGAGAAAAAUAGAGAGAGGGGAAAAGAAAAGACUUCCAGCUAGCCGUCUGUCAGUUGUGUAUGCAAUAUUUCUUCCAAAUAGUCAAAUGCUCAAUCUACGUUAUUUGAUUGUUCCUUCCUUUGCUGGAAGUUGUUUUUUCAGCCUUCUACCCGGUACAGUGGUACCUCAGGUUACAUACGCUUCAGGUUACAGACGCUUCAGGUUACAGACUCCUUUAAGCCAGAAAUAGUGCUUCAGGUUAAGAACUUUGCUUGAGGAUAAGAACAGAAAUCAUGCUCCGGCAGCGCAGCAGCAGCAGGAGGCCAUAUUAGCUAGAGUGGUGCUUCAGGUUAAGAACAGUUUCAGGUUAAGAACGGACCUCCGGAACGAAUUAAGUACUUAACCUGAGGUACCACUGUACUGUCCAGUUCGUUUACGAAAGUGUAAAGAAGAUUCUCCAGUUACUGUCUUCACCAUUAUAAAACAUUCCGUCUUUAUUCUUUUAUCUCCUUCUCCAAAAGAAAAGCUGGAGUUUUUAAAAUCUGUGUUGGUAUAUUAACACAUAGUAGUUCAGUCGCUUUAUGAGCUUCGUUUGCGUCCCAGUCCAUUUCCUGUGUCAUUUCCAUCGAGUAUCAGUUCUGUACCUGAUAAUGCCUUCUGAUGGGUGGCUGUGCAUAGAAAACAGCCAGCUCUACCAAGAUAAAAUAUCUUCCUCCACCCACUUUUGCCCGAGCCCCCAACCACCACGGGCAGGCGUCCGCCAGAAGAGAACAUGGCCCACAGGUUGAAAAGCGUUCCCCAUUCCUAGCCUGCGCAAACCAAAACUGAGCAGAGAACAAUUGCACCACAACAGCAUUGGGCCAUCUCCGGGCCUCCCAAUGUUGUCGGGCUACAACUUUUGAUGGCCCAGCCAGCGUAGACCAGCUUCUUGGACCUGGGGAGGGGCAGGGGAGGGUACAAAAUGUGUCCGUGUCUGGAAUAGAGAGUCGUGAAAGAAUGCUGGCAGACUGUGGUUGGAGAGAGGAAAUGGAAAAUCACUGUGGGUGGGUGGGAAGAUGCAAUGGAGUGUCCUGGGAAGGGGAUUGCUGGCUGGCUGGAAGACUGAACAGGAGACCAUUUUUGCUGAAUCAAUAAGGCAGAUUUUUAUGGCACAGCUGGAGCAGGGAUGUCCGAACUGUUUUCCUGGCUGGUGAAGAGUUAACGCUGCUGCCAAUGUGAGGGUUCUCUGGUGAGAAGGUUGGAAUUGGUCUCCCUUAAGCAGCUGGAACCUUUUCAAGCCUGUGAUUGAUGGCGGAAAACUGAUAAACUUUGCCUGCAAAAGACCCUCCCUUCUCCCGUUGAGGUUCAUCCAGAGGCUGAUUGGAAUAAGAGGCGGACCAAAAAUAAGGACAACGUUUUAAGGCUUCUUAGUUCCAAACCAGCUCUUGUUUAUUUGCCUCUGAUGUCAUUUUCUAUUUUAAAACUUCAGCAAUGGGGCUUUGUUUUGCAAAGAUCCUCAGUAAAUUUGGAAGCCCUGCCCGCCUUCUAAAGAGAAAACAAUUAGGACUCUGUAACUUUGCAGGUCACUCGUCUCCAGUAACCUCAUUGUAGCCUUGUUAGUGCCUGAGGUCAAGGGGUCCUGAGUGCAUGUAUUUUGCAUGCCUCUACUAAAACAUUUAUUUAGGUCUUAAUUCAGGACAAAUAGCCGCAGUUCCGUUGCUGCAGGUAGAUAGCUCCAAAGUUUUCAGGCAGGGGACCGAGAAACUCUGGAACAUUGCUGCCAGUCCAAGUUCACUCUACAUGAGUUAGAUGGACUAAUGACUCAGGCCUGGUAUAAGACAAAUAUGUUUAUCUAAAGCAAGUUUCUAUCCCUCAUCGUUGCAGAGGAAAAACUUGAAUAUGCUAUGCAUACAGGCCGCCGUUUGAAUCCCUGGUAUCUUCAGCUUUUGGAUGAAAAUCCACAGGUGAAUCACAUGCUUUUCACGCCAGGGGCCCUAGGUUCGAAUCCUGGCAUACUUGGUCAUUAUUAUUAGCAUUUUCAUUGAUGCAUUGCUUCUCAUAGUGUUUUAACAAUGAAGUCACUGAUGCUAAAAGCACAUUAAAAAAAAAUAUCAAGUCUGGUACAGGUAGUACUGUAGGAUUUGGAAAGAUCACAGAGCCGCUUCCUGGGAAAGUGUAGUUUACUAAGGCUGCUGAGAGUUGUUAGGUCACCUCUUUCCCUAUCACAGAGGUACAAUUUCUAGAGUGCUUUAACAGUCAGUCCCUUUCCUGCUAAAUGUAGGUCCCUGGAUUCUUGGGGGUGGAGAAGCCAUGACUAAUACAGUGGUACCUCGGGUUACAUACGCUUCAGGUUACAGACUCCGCUAACCCAAAAAUAUUACCUCAGGUUAAGAACUUUGCUUCAGGAUGAGAACAGAAAUCGCGCGGCGGCAGCACAGCGGCAGCGGGAGGCCCCAUUAGCUAAAGUGUUGUUUCAGGUUAAGAACAGUUUCAGGUUAAGAACGGACCUCGAGAACGAAUUAAGUUCUUAACCUAAGGUACCACUGUACUGCUUAUAGUGCAGAGAGCCCUAAGUUCCUGCAAGAGAACAUUGUAAGCAAAGCAUCACCUGGUCAGGGUUUUCUUUGGGGGGGGGGGGUUGCUGUCGGCUGCAUCUCAGUGUGACAUGCAUCCUGAACCAGUCUAGUGUUUGCAGUGUGUUCAAACUGCUCAAAAUGGGCAUCUCAUAGGAUAGGGGAUGCUGACAGACGAGGAGCAAAAAUGAUGGCAGCACUGAUAACCAGAUCACAUUGCAGCGCAAGAGAUGCUGUUAUUCCAUCUGUUUCCAGAUAUUAAAAAAAAUGGGGACCAUUACUCACUUUGGGACGUUUAGUGAUUCUUUGGAAUAGAAUGAUGCAGGUGUAAGAUUGUGAUGGAGCUCAGAAACAAACUAGGUCCUCCUGUGACAGUUUGGCCAACUGUACCAAUGCUUGAUAAGAGAGAAUAAGGAGGCCAUUGUGCCAGCCUUCCUUUAAAAAUAAAAUGUUGGCUGUUUGUCUCUAGUCCCCAGCACUCGUAUUGGAAAAGGUUCCCUUCUCCUCCCAGAGUAUUGUGGUCUGGUCUGAUUAUAAACAGAUUUGCACUACGCUGGGAGAAGGAACAGAAACAGAGCCUAGUGUUGACUUGGCAAAUGGAUAGACAGCUUGGCAGCCAACAGUGCUGUGGUCAUUAGCUACAGGAAGCCAUUUCCCUUUUAAGAUGCUGGCUCACAUUGGAAUGGGGGUUUGGGAGGUGGGGAGAGGCCCUUCCUCUGAUGGGAGCAGGAACUUUUGUUUGCUUUCUAAGCUUUUCUCCCCCCCCCCCCAAAUCCGACAGGGAUGUUGCAACGGCAGCAGUACCACAGUGUUGCAGCGCUCAUGGAGAACAACUGUGGCCCAGUGGUUAGUGCAUCUACUUUGCAUGCAGAAAGUCCCAGAAAUCUGGAGGCAACUGCUGCCUGUCAAUGUAGACCAGGGGUCAGCAAACUUUUUCAGCAGGGGGCUGGUCCACUGUCCCAUAGACCUUGGGGGGGGGGGAAUGAACAAAUUCCUAUGACCCACAAAUAACCCAGAGAUGCAUAUUAAAUAAAAGGGCACAUUCUACUCAUGUAAAAACAUGCUCAGACCUUAUGGUGAAAGGCGGAUUAUUAUUAUUAUUAUUAUUAUUAAUGCACUCUCCAUCCUUCACGAGGCGCACUGUUCCAGACUAACCUGACCCAAUUCAAGCCCAUUUCCAAUACAGAAUAGAAUUUCCAUUCCUCCCACAAUAUCUUAUUAUAUUUCUAUCCUUUGCAUCCAUGGGUCUCUGGGUGGUUUGGGGGAUUUCCCCCGCUCCCACUGUUAUCUUACAACAAUCCUGUGAGGUAGGUCGGUUAGGCUGGGUAAAAGUCACCAUGCAAACGGGUGCCUUGCAGUGCAGCAUCCUGGAGAGGGAGACAAAGUAAGGUGGCGUGGGACUCAGUGGCGAUGUUUAAGUGUAUAACCCAGUCUCCACAGCCGCAAAGUUUUAAGAAGAUGGUGGGAAGGAAUACAGGGAGAUCAAAAGAAAUAAUUCCGAGUCUCACCGAUCUGAAAAAGAUACCGCAUGUUCCUAAGAGAGAAAUCACGUGGAUGCCUUGACUUUAGACCUGUCGUUCAUCUCAGAAUCUCCACUGGGUGGAAAGAGGCGAUACCUAGCGAACAUGGAAGGUGAUGGAAAUGCAAAGCAGGGAUGGGGACCUGUGGCCCUGUAGAUAAUGUUUGUCUACAGUUCCCUUUAGCCCCGGGCAUCAUGGCCAGUGGUAAAGGAUGAUGGGAGUCGUAGCCCCAACAGUAUCUGCAGGGUGCCUUGUUGGCUACCCCUGGGUUGAGGCAUCUCCAAAGGCAGUAAAGGAUUGAGGUUAAAUCCUGACAAGACAGAAGUACUGUUUUGGGGGGACAGGAGGCGGGCAGGUGUGGAGGACUCCCUGGUCCUGAAUGGGGUAACUGUGCCCCUGAAGGACCAGAUGCGCAGCCUGGGAGUCAUUUUGGACUCACAGCUGUCCAUGGAGGCACAGGUCAAUUCUGUGUCCAGGGCAGCUGUUUACCAGCUCCAUCUGAUACGCAGGCUGAGACCCUACCUGCCCGCGGACUGUCUCGCCAGAGUGGUGCAUGCUCUAGUUAUCUCCCGCUUGGACUACUGCAAUGCGCUCUACGUGGGGCUACCUUUGAAGGUGACUCAGAAACUGCAAUUAAUCCAGAGUGCGGCAGCCAGACUGGUGACUGGGAGCGGCCACCGAGACCAUAUAACACCGGUCCUGAAAGAUCUUCAUUGGCUCCCAGUACAUUUCCGAGCACAAUUCAAAGCAUUGGUGCUGACCUUUAAAGCCCUAUACGGCCUCGGUCCAGUAUACCUGAAGGAGCGCCUCCACCUCCAUCGUUCUACCUGGACACUGAGGUCCAGCGCUGAGGGCGUUCUGGUAGUUCCCUCCCUGCAAGAAGUGAGGUUGCAGAGGGCCUUCUCGGUAGUGGCGCCUGCCCUGUGGAACUCCCUCCCAGCAGAUGUCAAGGCAAAAAUAAGCAACUAUUUUACUUUAAAAAGACAACUGAAGGCAGCCUUGUUUAGGGAAGUUUUUAAUGUCUGAUGCUGUAUUGUUUUAAUGUUUGGUUGGAAGCCACCCAGAGUGGCUGGGGUAACCCAGCCAGAUGGGCAGGGUAUAAAUAAGUAAUAAUAAUAAUAAUAAUAAUAAUAAUAAUAAUAAUAAUAAUUAUCAGCUGCUGGAGUGGCUCUGCCCAACCACACUGGCCAUUGGUUCUCCCUAACAGGAAAUGCUGUAACAGCUUCCUGUUCAGGCUCGGGUGUUUCCUGAGCAAUAAUCACUUUGCUUUGACUGGCCAUGCUCACAGCUCUUUCUCCCUGCCUAGACCUCUGCUUCCCACUCAACAGCUGUCUCUGGUUUCAGACCUGUUUGUAUGCCAGCGGCACUCAAAUUCUUGUUUGUAUACCUGACACCUUAUUUAGAGAGCUGCCGACUUUCACUUUGUAUAGAAGUUGGACGCAGCAGUGAUUUAUUUUUGCUGCUAAUGGGAAAAUAGCAGGAUGUGAGUAAGCACAUGUCUGUAACAUAGAUGUUAGGUUAAUGCUGAUCGUUGGCUUACGUUCUUAACUGGUCCUUGACUUGCAAGCAGAUGUCACAAUCUUGAUAUUUCCUGCCCCCUUCCCAAAAUAUACAGAAUUUACCGGCAACCGACGCAGUUUUUGAUAUUUACUUUAUGUAUGAUACGUUGAUAUGAAUUCUUACGUUUUGGAGCAAGGGAAUGAAAUCUCCGACAUUUGAUCCCUGGAGUCAAAGAGAACAUGGCCCAGUGGGUGACAUAUUGGCAAGAUCAAAUAGUUAGGCACUUCCUUUAAAGUAAACAAUGACGUUCAAAGAAAUCUGUAAGCUGAGCUCUAAUGGAAUCGAGUAAGAAAGCAGCUUUGGACUUGAGUGAGCAGGAUGUAAGGGAAACUGUGUAAUCAAAUAAGAGCAAAGUGAUAAAAUUAUGAAAUGCUCCCAGAUUCACAUUAGGGCAAUGCCUUCAUUAGGCCAAUCAAAAUGCCACAGAAUGAUUUGCAAGCUUUUGAGUUCUCCAAGACUCUUAAUCAAGAGUAAUUAAAAUGGGUGGGGUUAGAGCAAUGGAGUCUUGCCCGUAGCACUAUUAAGUGCUGUGCAAGUUUCAGGUUGUACCUGGGAUGUCUGGGGAGGAGAAACACGCAGUGCUUGAUCCACCAUCUUUGAACACAUAAUAAAUUCCAGUGUUGUGCCCAAACUAAGUCCUACUUGGAGCAGACCCACUGAAAUGAAUGGGUCUUAGUUAGUUGUGUCCACUCAUUUCAGUGGGUCUGUUCUGAGCAGGACUAGCAUUGGGGACAAGCACCACUAGCUGUUACCCAGAUUCAUCUCCAUCCUUAGGUUAAAUGCACAGGUUCUUUUGUAGGUGAAAAACAGGAAUAAAAAGAAGGUAGGCAGCUUUUAAUGAAGCUGCGGGUUAUUUACAGCAGGUGUGUUGAGUUUUGUUUUGUUUUGUUUUAAAAAAGUCAAGUGAAGUCAAAUUGGGUAACUUAUCUAUGGUGGUGGCGAGCUUUUGGCCUACCAGAUGUUGCAACAGCACCAUCAAGCAUGACCAGUGGCCAGGGAGGAUGGGAGUUGUUGUUCAGCAGCGCCUGGCAGGCCAGAGAUUCCCCACAUCCUGUAAUAGAUGGAAGGAAUAUGCUUUCCGAAUGAAGUCUCCUUGUCUGGUGGCUUAAGAUCCCCUUCCUUUAGUUUAGGAUCCUGUUUCUGAAUGGCUUGAAUUCUGCAUUCUCCAAGUCACCCCAAAAUCAAAGGGAUCCAUCUUGGCAGAUAAGGGAAACUAUGAUAAAGUGUGCUUGCUCUUGAUAGCUGAAUUGACUCUUUGGGUUGCAAAGGAAAACAGUGGAAGGGAAAGAGAAGUGGCUACUCCUACUCUGUGGCGUGCAAGAAACCACUCCUUGUUUCAGCUGCAGCGAGAAAAGGGUUGUCGUAGAAAAAGAUGUGGAACCUGGUGCAGAAAAGAAUAAGUUUGUUUAUUUCAAAUAGGCAACACAUUUUAUGAAAAAGUUCUUGAGGGCCAUACAAGAACAUGGCUGUAUUGUCUACUACUGAGCUGAGGAACAUCCCCCCAGAUGUGUUUUGGAGACCACAUCUGUUCUCAGCUGUCCAUCCUUGUCAUAAGGCAAACAUGGAGAACCAGUAGACCGGCAGCAUUGGGAGGCCCAUAGAUCUCCCCACCUCUCCCUAUAAAGGUUUCUAGGAUCAUAGAAGUGUAGAAUGGGAAGGGGCCUCCAGAGUCAUCUAGUCCAACCUCCUGCCAUGCAGAAAUCUUUUGCCCAGUGUGGCCCAUGAUCCUGAGAUUAAGAUGCUCUAGCGACUGAGCUGUCUCUGGGAAGUAGUUCAUCUCUUCCCUCCCUUGGUUAGCAGUAGAGACUGGUCCUUUUGGACAAAGGGGGCACUGCCCCACCAACCUCCCUUUGCCCCCAGCCAGCUGCCACCUGCCUGCCAUCUUACAGCCAACCUGCCGCCCUCCAAAUGUUGGGCAACAACCUCCAUCAUCCUGGGCAUUGGCCAUGCUGGCUGCAGCUGAUGGCAGUUGAAGUCCAAAGCAUACAGGAGUUGGGAGAGGCUGAUAGAACCAGUAGCUAGCACUGGGAUGCAAGCGACUCAGCGGGGAAAAUGUUUUGCUGUUUUUGCUGACUCGUGCACCUGUGCUUGUGUGUGAUCCGCUUUGAAUGCAGCCAAGGUUUCCUUUGUGCGUGUUCCAGAUUCAGACUGUGAAGGUGACCUUGAGCGUGAACAAAAUUAAUAAAGGGUUUUACAAAGUUUCUGUAUGUGCAGCUGACUCCAAGGUCCUGGGAUUUGUAACUAGUGUUUGAAGAGUAGAUAAAUUAUCUCUUCCCUGUUUUUGCCUAGUAUAGUGUCUCUGGAGUUUCCAUUGCUGUUCUAACAAUGAAAGUUGUGUAUUCAGUUACUGUCUUAAGCCAAAGGUUUUCUUCUUCUUCUUAAAUGCAGCAGUAUGAUAUGGUAGGGGAAAGGGGUUUGUGCAUUUUCUGGGCAAUGCAUGCCCAGCAAUGCAGAUAGGCGCUAGAUUUUAAACAGAAAUCUGAGAUGCGACCUGACUUAAACUCGGACAGCAGAUCUCAAACUUUACCCUUAAGCUUCCUUAGGGUCAUUUCUCACUUGACCUUCUGCACUCGAGAGUAUGGAUGUCUGAAUACAAAAUGCAUGAGCCUCUCAAGCGAAAUGUGCACUUCUUGCUGGCGUUUUAUCAAUAUACAUAUACUGCUUUUCCUUGUAUAUCAUCCUGUUCAAAGAAAUUAACUGCAAAGCAGGAUGAACGUAACAUCACUUUGUUGAGUUUUGCGUUUAUUAGAUUUUAAAAAAAAUAACUUGCCCUUCCUCCCAAAGGAUCAUUGGAUGGCAAAGAACAAUCAGUAAUGCAAACAGAUCCUAAACAGCAUAUCAAAAUACUUACAAAUGGGCACAUUUAAAUACAUGUCUUUAAAGUGUGUGGAUUUAAAAUAUUACGACAUCGUAGUUGGGAAGGGAUUGGACAUCCUCACCUUCUUAAUCCCUGGGACAAGUGUCAAUAGAAUAAGAAUAAUAACCAUAACAAUAACGUUGCUGAUGAAAACUAUUACUCUUUAUUUCCCCCCAGUUCUGAUUUGAAAUUAAAGGGCAAAAGGCAGGAGGCGGGAGAGGAGGCAGAGGUGUAGAUUUAAAAUAAAAUGUACGUAAUAUGCUGUAAGAGAGCUGUGUUUGGGGUCUCCCCUGGCACUUUCAAGCAGCAUUAAUAGCAGGUGCAUUGAUGUGCAGAAGGUGGUGGGGGCGCGCGCAUGCACACCAGACUGUGGAGGUCCUGAUUCUCCCCCUUCCCUGGGCCUUGUUUUGCUGCUUGAAACUGCUCCUCUCAAGCUUCUGUUUGCACCACGAAGCAGAAAGUGCAGAUAUCAAGCCUGAAACAGCAUCUUUCAGGUUCACAGCUUGGGGGAUGUAGAGAGGUUUCAGUUAGGAAGGUGAUGUACAAAGAAAGGUCUAAUUGCCUCUCCUAGUGCUGCAGUCCAGAUCUAAGUUGUGAGGAGGGUAAAAAGGUAAAGAUAAAGGGACCCCUGACCAUUAGGCCCAGUCGUGGCCGACUCUGGGGUUGCAGAACUCAUCUCGCUUUAUUGGCUGCUUUAUUGGCUUCCGGGUCAUGUGGCCAGGAUGACUAAGCUGCUUUUGGCGAACCAGAGCAGCACACGGAAACGCCGUUUACCUUCCUGCUGGAGUGGUACCUAUUUAUCUACUUGCACUUUGAUGUGCUUUUGAACUGCUAGGUUGGCAGGAGCAGGGACCGAGCAACGGGAGCUCACCCUGUCGCGGGGAUUCAAACCGCCGACCUUCUGAUCAGCAAGCCCUAGGCUCUGUGGAUUAACCCACAGCGUCACCCGCGUCCCAGGGGAGGAGGGUACAUGGCGGUAAUUAAGCCUUUUAAAUGAUGAUGAUCAUGAUGAUGAUGCCGAGGUCUAAACAGGUCUUCAGCAUCACCUCCUGUAAAGUCCUUUAUUGACUCUGAAUUUCCUUGUUCAGGAUGUCCUCCCCAGCCAAAUGUAGGACCUGAGAUGGUUGAUAUUUGGGUGGUGGGGCAGCACACUUUGCGGUGCUUGGGUCUCAAGCCAUUUAGGACUUUUCAUGCUAGCGCUAACACCUUGAAUAUGCCCCAUUAUCUCACUGGCAGCCAGUGCAGCAGCAGCAGCAGCAGCAGCAGCAGCAAUAAUAAUAAUAAUAAUAAUAAUAAUAAUAAUAGGUAUUAGUAACAGCAACACAGGCUCUUUUUGCACAGGGGUUAUGUUCCGGACUCCCUCGCUCAUUGGCAUAAGAGUGCGCAUAAACCUGCCCUGUUCCGCCCCUUUUCCUAAUGUAUUUGUGGCAUUUGGGGGCUACUUCCGGGUUCAGCUCAUGUGCGCCAUUCGGACCUGCCUAAAUCGCUCGUUGCCUGUAGUUUAUUUUCUGCCAUUGCAGUUGGAACGGCUGCUCUUCACCAUCCUAACUCUCUUGAACGGCCUUCUGUUUGCACACACCGCUACACAGCAAAGUGCCCUUGUUGAUGAGUUCUUUGUCCCUCUUUCCACAGUUCCUGUUAAAAAUAAAACCCAGGUUUGCCAGCCUUGCCGUACACUUGACAAAGCUGCUUGCCCCCUCGCAAGCUGAAGUGAUGGCUCUCCCCUUCCGAAAAGACUUGGACAAAUACAAGGACCUCGAUGAGGAUGAAAUCCUGGGCAAGUUAUCGGAAGAAGAGUUGAAACAACUGGAAACCGUCCUGGAUGAUCUCGAUCCAGAGGUGUGUUUUGGGUCAGCGGGACGAUUCCCUCUCUUUGAAAAAGUGCUUAUCCUGCUUUCUCUUGUACAAACAUUCAGGGUAGCUAAUGCUGCAAGAGAGUGCAAAAAACAGUGGCUUGACACUACAAGAAGCCUGAAUGGAAUGAGCCCAUGUGUUAGUGCUGUUGCACGAACUGCAAGUCCCAGUAAUAAUAAUAAUAAUAAUAAUAAUAAUAAUAAUUAUUAUUAUUAUUAUUAUUUAUUAUUUAUACCCCGCCCAUCUGGCUGGGUUUCCCCAGCCACUCUGGGCGGCUUCCAACAAAACACUAAAAUACAAUAACCUAUUAAACAUUAAAAGCUUCCCUAAACAGGGCUGCCUUUAGAUGUCUUCUAAAAGUUUGGUAGUUAUUUUUCUCUUUGACAUCUGGUGGGAGGGCGUUCCACAGGGCAGGUGCCACUACCGAGAAGGCCCUCUGCCUGGUUCCCUGUAACUUGGCUUCUCGCAGUGAGGGAACCGCCAGAAGGCCCUCAGCGCUGGACCUCAGUGUCCAGGCAGAAUGAUGGGGGUGGAGACGCUCCUUCAGGUAUACAGGACCGAGGCCGUUUAGGGCUUUAAAGGUCAGCACCAAUGCUUUGAAUUGUGCUCGGAAACGUACUGGGAGCCAGUGUAGGUCUUUCAAGACUGGUGUUAUAUGGUCGCGGCGGCUGCUCCCAGUCACCAGUCUGGCUGCCGCAUUCUGGAUUAGUUGUAGUUUCCGGGUCACCUUCAAAGGUAGCCCCACGUAGAGCUCAUUGCAGUAGUCCAAGCGGGAGAUAACCAGAGCAUGCACCACUCUGGUGAGGCAGUCCGCAGGCAGGUCGGGUCUCAGCCUACGUACUAGAUGGAGCUGGUAAACAGCUGCCCUGCACACAGAAUUGACCUAUGUCUCCAUGGACAGCUGUGAGUCCAAAAUGACUCCCAGGCUGCGCACCUGGUCCUUCAGGGGCACAGUUACCCCAUUCAGGACCAGGGAGUCCUCCACACCCGCCUGCCUCCUGUCCCCCCAAAACAGUACUUCUGUCUUGUCAGGAUUCAACCUCAAUCUGUUAGCCGCCAUCCAUCCUCCAACCGCCUCCAGACACUCAGUGACAAGAGUGCAAACAUAUUUUCAAUGGAAAGCAAAUCCUGGGGAAAUCUGGGGCAUCUUGGCUGUUGCUGGAUUCUCAACUUCCAUCAGCCCCAGGCAGCAUGACCAAUGGUCAAGGAUAAGUGCCAUGUGGACAACCCUCAAAUGCUCAUCUGGUCCAGCGUCUCACAGUGGCCAACCAGAUGCCUGUGGGAAGUCUUUAAGCAGAGCAUGAAUGCAACCGUGCUCUCCCCACUGUGAUUCCCAGCAACCAGUAUACAGAAAAGGAGGUAGAGCAGGUUUCCUCAAUUUGGGUAUCCAGCUAUUUUUUUUAUUACAAUUCCCAUCAUCCCCGACCACUGGUCCUGCCAGCUAGGGAUGAUGGGAGUUGUAGUCCAACAACAGCUUGGAGAUACAAGUUUGGGAGAAGCGCAGGUACAGCAUGGUGAGAGUUGUAGUUCAUCGACAUCUGGAUGGCCACAUCUGGAAUGGCAUGUGCCUUGGAUAUGCAGGCGCAAUGGAUUUUAAGCUAUAAGCAUUAACGGGUGUGGAUUCCAGAGGAAAAGGUCAGCAGAUUGUGUGCUGCAACAUCAUCUCUGGUUCACUUUCCACACGUAGCACUCUUUUCACACCCAGAAAUGGCCUAUCCGUGAGCAAGAAAUAGGGUGCUCACAGAAUGGAUUCGGUUCAGUAGAAAAAUGCCAAAAUAAAAACAAUUUUGUUUCAGAAUAAAUCCAGCACAAAAUAUUACACAUGUAUGCACAUUGCGGGUGGCGCUGUGGGUAAAACCUCAGCGCCUAGGACUUGCCGAUCGCAUGGUCGGCGGUUCGAAUCCCCGUGGCGGGGUGCGCUCCCAUCGUUCGGUCCCAGCACCUGCCAACCUAGCAGUUCGAAAGCACCCCCGGGUGCAAGUAGAUAAAUAGGGACCGCUUACUAGCGGGAAGGUAAACGGCGUUCCGUGUGCUGCUCUGGUGCUGGUUCGCCGGAGCAGCUUCAUCACGCUGGCCACGUGACCUGGAAGUGUCUGCGGACAGCGCUGGCUCCCGGCCUCUAGAGUGAGAUGAGCGCACAACCCUAGAGUCUGGCAAGACUGGCCCGUACGGGCAGGGGUACCUUUACCUUUUAUGCACAUUGCGGCCUAGGACCCUCGUACCUACAGGACCGCCUCCCCUGGUAUGCCCCGCGGAGGACCUUAAGGUCCAUAAAUAGCAAUACCCUAGAGGUCCCGGGCCCUAAGGAAGUCAGAUUAGCCUCAACCAGGGCCAGGGCCUUUUCAGCACUGGCUCCGGCCUGGUGGAACGCUCUGCCUCAUGAGACCAGGGCCCUGCAGGAUCUGAUUUCUUUCCACAGGGCCUGUAAGACAAGAGUUGUUCCGCCUGGCCUUUGGCUUGGAAUCAGCCUGAUCCCCUCCCUCUUUUUCCUUUUCCUUCUGUGAUGGAAUCCCUAUUUGGGGACUUCCCUGGCUUUUCUGGCCCACGUAGGACCAGUCUGGAUAGUUGGCCUUGGUGAAGAUUUGACGUUUUCUCUCCCCAAACAGUUUUUGAUCUGGGCUUCCACUGAAAUGAGGCUGCAUUUUAAGUUGUACUUUAAUCCUGUUUUUAAGUUGUAUUUUAAUCAACUGUUUUUAUACUUGAUGUUAGCCGCCCUGAGCUUGGUCUUGGCCGGGGAGGGCGGGGUAUAAAUAAAAUUAAAUAAAUUAAUAUUAGCAUCGGGAUGUAUCCCAGUUCCUGCCAAGUGGAAGAGAGUCUUAUGUGUGUGUGCUCAGGGAGGGGUCUAAAAGUACGUGCACCAGAAGUAGGAUGUGAUGAAUAAAUGCAGAUAUUAUCAUUGUGUUAGAUCUGUCCUCAAACUUGCAAGUCUCAUCCUGUCCCGGGAGAUAGGGCUGAUGCAAGGAAACAUGAUGGUGGUGAUGGUUCUGUUCCCAAGACAGGACCCGGGAGGAUUUGGCCUUCUCAACCCCUUCCUAAGAUACCUGCGUGUAUUUUAAUGGACCGCUUCUGCGGUUUGUUGUUUUUUGACGAAUAAGAGCGGUAGAAGCCUUGUCGUUUUCGUUUUGCAGAAUGCACUGUUGCCUGCAGGGUUCCGGCAAAAGGACCAGACUUCCAAAAAGCCCUCCGGUGCUUUCGACAGAGAGAAACUCCUUUCGUAUCUGGAGAAGCAAGCGCUGGAACAUAAAGACGUUGAAGAUUUUGUCCCGUUCACGGGAGAAAAGAAAGGUAAGGGCGCCUCUCCCCAGCCCCACUGCCACACCAGGCACAAUGGUUUGCGCAAACUCGCCCUGAAAACUAACUGAUGUGAGUUUACUUCCUCACCUUUCUUCCUUGCUUCUGCUGUAACUGGUAAUGCUUGGCUUGGUAGUUGUACGUAAAGAUCCAGUUUAUUUACUUUUAUAUUUAAAAUAAAAAUUUUUAUUAGGUUUCUCAAAUUAAAAUUUUACACUCACGUAUCAACAUACAAUAUAAAAACAAGAAUCCUCAGAAUCUCCUGGACUUCCUCCUCCUCCCCUUUGUGGGUCCUGUUGUUAGUCCUUUCCUCCUGCAUCUUUUAUAAUAAUUCAAAACUUUCGCAUCUCCAUUAUAUCCCAAAUUCACCAUUAAACUACAAGUGCUAUGCCAAUCCCACUAACGAUUUUAGCUGUUUACAAUGAUUUCUAAGAUAGAUUAUUAAAUCCCACCCACCCCUUAUUAAAAUUUUGGUCUUCCUGAUUUCUGAUUCUUCCAGUCCAGUCAUUUUUGCCAUUUCGGCAUAGUCCCUCAACUUGAUCUGCCAUUCUUCUCUGGUAGGGACUUUAUCUUCUUUCCAUCUCUGGGCUAGUAACAUCCGCGCAGCCAUACUCACGUAUGUAAAUAGUAUUUUCUGCUCCCUUGGGAUUUCAGCACCUAGAAGUCCUUUAAAAAAGGCUUCUGGGUUUUGUUUUUAGAAAAAGUUAUUUUAAACAUUUGUAAAGAUCCAGUUUAAACCUUAUAGCCCCAUCUGUCUUCCGAGGAAUGAGACAGAGAGGAAGUAGUGUGUGUGUGUGUGUGUGUGUGUGUGUGUGUGUUUUGACUCCUUCACAUGUGUGAACUGGGCCUCGGAUGUGCACUUGCCUGCAUGAAUCUGAGGUCCUCGGGAAAUUCUGCUUUUCAGUAUCAAAGCGGAGAGGGCUGCUUCUCCAAAAUGAAUAGAGCACUCCCCUGCCCCUGUCGUAAGCGGUUGCUAAAACUUGAAAGCCUCACCCUGUCCCAGCUGUUGGCGAACAUACAAUGAGCCACUGUUGCUGGUGGAGAGGGCUGAUGCAAGAAAACUUUCUUUCGCGGAAUGACAUUUGGAAAGAAAAUACAGAUUUCAUCCACGUAACAAUGGGAGCUUUGUGGCAAAAAGCAUUGUGACUAUCAAGAAGGCAUGCAAACAAUCGUUGUCUGCUGCAAGCGUACAGCUCGAGGACCCAGAAGGGUUGGGGAAUUGAUUCCCUACUUCAGAGGUGGUGAGCUUGGGCCAAGCGGGAGUCCUAAAUUGACCCGCAAGCCUGUUUUCCUGAAGCCACACCCACCUUUCCUAUAUAUAUAUGCCGUCAGGUGUAAGCAGUGCCACAUGUAUGUAUAAGCUAAACAAGCCAUAGCUUAGGCCCCCACUCUCUUGGGGGUCCCCCAAAAAAUGUAAAGGAAAAAAAACCCUGGAUGUACAUUUCCAAAAUAUAAGAUAAGUUCAACAAUCACUUUGAUAAAAUACAUUUUGUUAUGUGCAAAUGGCUUUAGAUAUCUAUUAGGUCCAUAAAGUACCAUAUGGCAUAUAUUCAACACAAAAAACAGUGACAAUUUGUUGUUGACAAAUGACAGCUAGACAUAUAAAGGGCCCCAUUGACUUCAGUAGUUUAGGGCCUCAUCAAACCUAAAUCCGGCCCUGGGUGUAGGCAGAUAAAGAAAGAUGUGACUCCUUGCCAGAAGCAGGCUUUGCAGGCACUGGUAAAGGAAGUGUGGUUUUGCAGCUGACCGUCAGCGCUUGCAAACUGUUCUUCAUUUGCCCACAUGAUUUGAUUCAUCUGAUUUCACCUGCCUGAGAACCCCAAGCCUUUGUGGCUUGACAUCUACUUGGCCAGUUUUGGCUUCCUAUGCUACCUUGGUCAAAUCACUGAGGGUGUAUUUAGACUCAACUAGAGUGGAAAUCAGGGGACGCUGGUGGCGCUGUGGUCUAAACCACAGAACUUAAGGCUUGCCGAUCAGAAGGUCGGCGGUUCGAAUCCCUGUGACGGGGUGAGCUCCGGUUGCUCGGUCCCAGCACCUGCCCACCUGGCAGUUCAAAAACACGUCAAAGUGCAAGUAGAUAAAUAGGUACCGCUCUGGAGGGAAGGUAAAUGGCAUUUCCGUGUGCUGCUCUGGUUCGCCAGAAGUGGCUUAGUCAUGCUGGCCACAUGACCCAGAAGCUGUCUGCGGACAAAUCCCAGCUCCCUCGGCCUAUAGAACGAGAUGAGUGGCGCAACCCCAGAGUUGUCCGCAACUGGACCUAACGGUCAGGGGUCCCUUUACUUUUAGAAUAGAAAUCACCCAUGGACGUCCACAGGGCAAUGCAGUGCAUUUUGCAUUGAUUGCCUUGUUUCACAACCCAGGAUUGCUCAGCUGCAAGCCAGUCUGUUGUAAGCCAGCAACUAGGCAGUGGGUUCCUAGACUUUUCCCCUGCACAGCCCAGUUGAAAACUGCUGAGGGUCAUGAAGAACCACUUAACGAUUCUUGCCUGUUGUAGCAAAUGUAAUGCACUGUGCUAGAUGCUAUAUGAUUCUCUAUUGCCUCUGUUAUUUUGGAUCUGUUGUAUUUUAUUGCAAUACAAUUCCAUAUAAUUCAAUUAGCUACCAGAUGUUGUGUUUGAUUUUUGGCACAGGUUUUUUUUUUCUUGCACAAGUAUGUGAAAUAAAUUGAUUGAGCUGAUUGUGUUUAUAUUCUGCCUUUUCUCCAAGGAGCUCAAGGUGAUUUUCCCUCUCCUCAGUUAAUCCCCACAGCAACCCUGUGAGGUAGGUUAGACCGAGAAGCCGUGACUGGCCCAAGGUCACCCAAUGAGUGUCAUGGCUGCAUGGGGAUUUGAACCCUGGUCUCCCAGGUCCUAGUCUAGCACUCUAACCACUGCACCAAAACGGCUCUCUAUGAUUUCUGAUGCAUAAAUGCGUCAUGUUCAUCUUAGCCUUGAUUUCAUUCAGUUUUUUGUAUCAGAGCUGGAGUCUACCAGUGCCUGGAAAACCAUAGUUUUCCCACCCUGGUUUGUACACACUUCAGUGAUACUCAGCACACAUAGAAUCAUAGAAUAGAAUCAUAGAAUCAUAGAGUUGGAAGAGACCACAAGGGCCAUCGAGUCCAACCCCCUGCCAAGCAGGAAACACCAUCAGAGCAUUCCUGACAUAUGGUUGUCAAGCCUCUGCUUAAAGACCUCCAAAGAAGGAGACUCCACCACACUCCUUGGCAGCAAAUUCCACUGUCGAACAGCUCUUACUGUCAGGAAGUUCUUCCUAAUGUUUAGGUGGAAUCUUCUUUCUUGUAGUUUGGAUCCAUUGCUCCGUGUCCGCUUCUCUGGAGCAGCAGAAAACAACCUUUCUCCCUCCUCUAUGUGACAUCCUUUUAUAUAUUUGAACAUGGCUAUCAUAUCACCCCUUAACCUCCUCUUCUCCAGGCUAAACAUGCCCAGCUCCCUUAGCCGUUCCUCAUAAGGCAUCGUUUCCAGGCCUUUGACCAUUUUGGCUGCCCUCCUCUGGACACGUUCCAGUUUGUCAGUGUCCUUCUUGAACUGUGGUGCCCAGAACUGGACACAGUACUCCAGGUGAGGUCUGACCAGAGCAGAAUACAGUGGCACUAUUACUUCCCUGGAUCUAGAUGCUAUACUCCUAUUGAUGCAGCCCAGAAUUGCAUUGGCUUUUUUAGCUGCCGCGUCACACUGAUGGCUCAUGUCAAGUUUGUGGUCAACCAAGACUCCUAGAUCCUUUUCACAUGUACUGCUCUCAAGCCAGGUGUCACCCAUUUUGUAUUUAUGCCUCUCAUUUUUUUUGCCCAAGUGCAAUACUUUACAUUUCUCCCUGUUAAAAUUCAUCUUGUUUGUUUUGGCCCAGUUCUCUAAUCUGUCAAGGUCAUUUUGAAGUGUGAUCCUGUCCUCUGGGGUGUUAGCCACCCCUCCCAGUUUGGUGUCAUCUGCAAAUUUGAUCAGGAUGCCCUUGAGUCCAUCAUCCAAGUCGUUGAUAAAGAUGUUGAAUAAGACCAGGCCCAAGACAGAACCCUGUGGCACCCCACUAGUCACUCUUCUCCAGGAUGAAGAGGAUGACCCUUCGGAACUCUUAUGCCAAGUUGUUGGUGUUUUGAUAUGAAACAUGAGAUUUAUUGCGAUCAGAGACCAGCUUAAGAAACACAAAUGGAACUACAAUCCCACUAGCAAAACAAACAUUUAAAACAAUAUACAACAAUGGAUUUUAAGUUUAAAAGUGUGAUAGGCAUAUAAACACAUAAAAACUUUAAGAUAGACAACCUUAGAGAAAUGACCCCGAGUCGCCCGUGGAUCCGAGUUUGGGAAUUUUCUUAACAAACUAGAUUGAAUUGGGGGAUGGUCUGCACCUACAGAUCUGUGCGCAGAAUCUGGCGACAAUCCGGGUCGUCUUGUGGGUUUUGAUAUGUGCGUUCUCCCUCCCCCAAAAAACCACUCUACUAUGUGAUCUCCUCCUUAGAGAAAUGAAAUGUUCCCAGAUUAUCAGCAGAAACACUCCUGUGGCCCUUGCAAGCUCAAGUGCAGAUGUGUCCUUUCGACAACGUUUGUGUUGGUGCAUGUCGGGCGAGAGGAAUCUCGAAAAGCUCUCACUUGGCUCCCUGCCUGUAUAGUUAUGUCAUUGUUUCCAAAGGCUGUGCAGAGUUUUGCCCUCACAGCGACUGAACAAUGAGCUUGAGUUUUGAGCGUAUUUGCUCAUUACCUGGAAAGGAAUCUCGGAAGUGUUCUCAGAACAGAAAUAAGGGUGGGUCUGCGCAAGACGAGACUCGCUGCGAGCUCCAGUGAGACCAAGUUUGCAUUUGUGUGAGGGUCUUUUUUGUUGUCGUUGAUUGCAUGAGGCAGCAGCUAAACCAGCUCACUGUGGCAUUGAUCACAGUGUUUAAAAGGGAAGAACAAAGCAGUGUUUAAAUUUGGGUCGGUUAUGGGGACUCCCUCAGCCUCAGCCAACACAGCCAAUGGUCUGUGGGGAGUUGCCAUCCGGUGACUCUCACACUCCUUAUCUUUGAGUACUUCAGAAGUUCUUCAGAGCUGUGUGAGAAAGUUUCUGUGUGUGUGCGCUUUGGCCAAAGUGCACUCCUGGAACUGCAAUGGAAGGGAAAUAGCACAAACUGUGCUCUGCUCCACUGGCUCAGGACCGCCUCUUCCCAUAUGAACUUACCUGGACCCUGAGAUCACCUUCUGAGGCCCUUCUUCGUGUGUCGCCUCCUUGAGAGGUCCGGAGGGUGGCAACACGAGAACGGGGCCUUCUCUGCAGUGGCUCCCCUUCUGUGAAAUGCGCUCCCCCCGGAGAAGUUUGCCUGGCACCUUCAUUAUACACCUUUAGGCGCCAGACAAAAACGUUCCUUUUUAGCCAGGCCUUUGGCUGAUCUGUUUGACAUCCUAUGCCCUUUUAAAAUGUGGCUCUUUUCUUUGGGGGGUGUUAUUGGGUUGUUGUUUUUAUUCCGAUUAUAUAUGUUGUGAUCUUUUCUGUGAACUGCCCCGAGACCUCCAGGUAUAGGGUGGUAUAAAGGUAAAAGGUAAAGGGACCCCUGACCAUUAGGUCCAAUCGUGACCGACUCUGGGGUUGUGGCACUCAUCUCACUUUAUUGGCCGAGGGAGCCAGCGUACAGCUUCUGGGUCAUGUGGCCAGCAUGACAAAGCCGCUUCUGGCGAACCAGAGCAGCUCACAGAAAUGCCGUUUACCUUCCUGCCGGAGCGGUACCUAUUUAUCUACUUGCACUUUGACAUGCUUUUGAACUGCUAGGUUGGCAGGAGCUGGGACUGAACAACGGGAGCUCACCCCGUCGCAGGGAUUCGAACCGCCGACCUUCUGAUCGGCAAGUCCUAGGCUCUGUGGUUUAACCCGCAGCGCCACCCGCGUCCCUUAUAGGGUGGUAUAUAAACUCAAUAAAUAAUAAUAAGGCCGUUGCCUGGUCGUCCAGGCUUCCUCUGUCACAAGUAUGCUAUUGUUCAUAGUCUACCUCCACUCUCAGAGGCAGUGUUGAACUACAGGUAGAUGAGUUGUUAGCCUGGAGCAGCAGGGCUUUCCUUUACAUUCUCAAAGGUGUACAGUGGUGCCUCGCAAGACGAAAUGUAUUCGUUCUGCGAGUUUUUUCGUCUUGCGAAUUUUUUAUCUUGCGAAGCACGGUUUCCCAUAGGAAUGCAUUGAAAAUCCAAAAGGAAACAAACUUGCAAGACGUUUUCGUCUUGCGAAGCAAGCCCAUGGGGAAAUUCGUCUUGCGAAGCAACUCAAAAAACGAAAAACUCUUUCGUCUUGUGAGUUUUUCGUCUUGCGAGGUACCACUGUACCGUAUUUUUCGCACCAUAGGGCGCACCGGACCAUAGGGUGCACCUAGUUUUUAGAUGGGGAAAUCAAUAAAAAAAGAUCUCCCCCCCCCCAGCCCCAAAGAGCAGCGUACAGGCUGCCCACAACCUCUCCCUGCCAGAGUGGUUGCGCGGCUAUGGCACAAACCAAGGCAGCGAGCGGGAUGGAUCCCACUGGCUGCUUUGGCUUCCUGUUUAGCCCCAUGCAACCUCUCCCUCCCGGGAGAAGCUGCGCAGGGCUAAAGAAGCCAUAGCCCCUUGCAGCCUCUCCCUGCCGGAGGAGUUGCGCGCAGCUAUGGCACAAGCCUGCAUUCGCUCCAUAGGACGCACACACAUUUCCCCUCAAUUUUUGGAGGGGAAAAACUGUGUCCAAUGGAGCGAAAAAUACGGUACGUUUAUGGCUGUUCUGCAGAGUCUGCCAUGGGGAAUCCAGGUUAGGUGCUCACAGUGAAUUUUGGACAGUACCCAUUUUGUGCUUUUCAUAGAGAUUUCAUCGCCUCUGUAGUGUUGCAGCCUUUGCAGAACCCAGAAUGCUUUGCAGCUGUGGGAGAAGGCUGAGCCGCCUCAGUUCUUAACGUGCAGCUUUGCAGUGCUAGGUUUAAUAAUGGAAACAAAUGGACAGGAAAGGCACAAGAAUGGGAACUGGCAGCUUUUCCCCUGGAAAAAAACCAGGAGGGAGGUGCUUUUCCCCAGUUGCGCGCUUGCCAUGUUGCCGAGGGGGGUGGCAGCUUGCGCGUUUUCGUCAGAUUGCCUCAGAGCCCUCUUUUGUGGAGCCAAUUCUGUUUUUAAUAACAAGGUUCUUUUCCUGUUGCAUACCAUGAAGAAUAAUGCUAAUCAGAAGGAACAGAAAUGCAAUUGUGAAGGCUAUCACAGGCAGAGAAAAGUAAAAGAGAGAAGGGAGCAUGUAAUGUAUAUCCAUUGCUUUCAGCUUUUUCAGACUUGCUAUAUAAUUGGGGAGCAUUCAUAACUCUUUGGUAGAGCACUGUCCUUGUGUGCAGAAAGUCCCAAAUUCAGUCCUCAGCAUGGGAGGCAGUGAUGGCCACUAACUUGGAAGGCUUCCAAAGAGGGUGAGAGAAUUUCUUAGAGGGGAAGGCUAUCAACGGCUGCUAGCUAUGAUGUUCUACCUCAGGGGUCAGCAAACUUUUUCAGCCGUGGGCUGGUCUACCGUCCCUCAGACCAUGUGGUGGGCCGGACUACAGUGGUACCUCGGGUUACAGACGCUUCAGGUUACAGACUCUGAUAACCCAGAAAUAUUACCUCGGGUUAAGAACUUUGCUUCAGGAUGAGAGCAGUAAUCGUGCUGCGGCGGCAGCAGGAGGCCUCCUUAGCUAAAGUGGUACCUCAGGUUAAGAACAGUUUCCAGUUAAGAACGGACCUCCAGAAUGAAUUAAGUUCUUAACCCGAGGUACCACUGUAUCUUUUUUGGGGGGAAAUGAACGAAUUCCUAUGCCCCACAAAUAACCCAGAGAUGCAUUUUAAAUAAAAGCACACAUUCUACUCAUGUAAAAACACCAGGCAGGCCCCCACAAAUAACCCAGAGGUGCAUUUUAAAUAAAAGGAUACAUUCUACUCAUGUGAAAACACGCUGAUUCCCAGACUGUCCGCGGGCUGGAUUGAGAAGGCGAUUGGGCUGCAUCCGGCCCCUGGGGCUUAGUUUGCCUACCCCUGUUCUACCUCCUCCAUUGUCAAAUGUCUUUCAAUGUCAAUUUCUGGGAAUCGCAGGCAGGCAGAGGGCAGUUGUAUUCAUGCCCAGCUUGCAGGCAUCUUGCUGGCCGUGGUGAGGACAGGAUGCUGAACUAGGUGGACCAAUGCCCUGAUCUAGCAGCCUCAUCCUAUCUUGUUAUCUGGAGGGCAUGAGGUGGAUAGAUCUGUGGCAUGAGACAACUUCACAUGUUCCUGUGCGCUAUCAUAUCCAACCAGCAGCAUGAGGUCUGCUUUUAAAUGUACGUGUUUACUUUUCAGCACUUGUUUUCCUAUCGUCUUUUUUAAAAAAGAAGGAAACAACCCAUUAAAAACAACAACGCACCACUAAAUAGUGAUGUUGCCAUUGCUGCAAACCACUAUAGGCUGCGUAGUGGCCCAGUUAUGUGUUCCGGUCUAUCAGCUGAAGAUGAUGAUAUACGCCAUCGUUGAUGAGAUCAUCCCUGUACAGUGGUACCUCAGGUUACAGACGCUUCAGGUUACAGACUCCGCUAACCCAGAAAUAGUACCUCAGGUUAAGAACUUUGCUUCAGGAUGAGAACAGAAAUUGCGCAGCGGCGGCAGCGGGAGGCCCCUUUAGCUAAAGUGGUGCUUCAGGUUAAGAACUGUUUCAGGUUAAGAACGGACCUCCAGAAUGAAUUAAGUUCUUAAACCAACGUACCACUGUAUAUGAAGAAAGCAGCUCUCAAUUAGUUGUGGUAAAUCUUCUGUCUCCCAUUUUGGUUCUGAAAACUUUUGGUUCAUAGGAUUGAACCCAUUUUCAGGCCUAUUCAGAGCACACCCAUUGCAAUUAAUGUGCAUGACUGGCUAUUGUCCGUUGAUUUCAAGGUGCUUACCCUUAAGUAGGAUUUAAUAGGCUGCAACCCACAGGCCCUAUUGUACAUGGUGUCUUGGAGGCCUUGCAGAAUCAAGUUCAAUAUCAGUCAUAUUUUUUUCGACAUGGACCUCUAAAGACUAUAAAACGAGUCCAGGGCAAAAGUGGGUCUUGAGUCAUCCCAUCAGAUCUACGUCCAAGUUUUCUGUGCCAUAAAAACUCCGACCCUUUAGUCUUCCAUUGCUUGUAAUAUUGCUAAGAUGGAUUCCAGACAUAUUUGAUUCCCCCCACCCCGUUUCAUUUCCUUUUAUCUUGAAGAUCAAAGUUGGCUCUUGCCAAGACUUGUGACAACGUGAAAGUGAAUUCAAGGAAAACAGAACCAGAUGGUGAUGAGCUGGAAAGGGAGGCUUGACACUGUUUGGCGAGAUUCACUUUUCAGCAAAAGAUGCUGCCCUUUCUUGCUUCAUUAUUAUGCCUGUAUCCCAGCCUUUCUCAACCUUGGGUCCACAGAUGUUGUUGGACAACAACUCCCAUCAUUCCUGACCACACGUCCUGCAAGCUAGGGAUAAUGGGAGUUGUAGUCCAACAACAUCUACAGACCCAAGAUUGAGAAAGGCUGCUGUAUCUUGUUCUCUGUCUUUUUUUUUUUUAAUAUACAGAAUCCACAACGUAAAAUAAAAGUGCUUGGUCCAAGCAAAAUGGCUAGGAGAAGCAGGAAUUAUUUAUCUAGAUUUACUUAUAAGAUUUCUGGCCUGCCCUCCAUACGGUGUCAGGAUGGGUUGCAGCACGGUAACCAUACAGUAAUUUUAAAAGAUUAGAAUUAUUUUAAAAAGUCAAAUUGUUCCAACCAAGUUGAUGAUGAAGAAUAAGAUGAUGAUGAUAAUUAUAUGUCACCCAUCUGACUGAGUUGCCCCAGCCGCUCUGGGUGGCUUCCUACAAAUUAAAAACAUGAAUAAGUAUUAAACAUAGCAAGUAUAGAUUCAUCAAAAAGGAUUGGUCCCACAAAACAAAAUACCUUAACUCUCAAGUAAAUAAAUGUUUCUUCAGCGUAUAGGGGAAUAUGCAGUGAAGAUGCCUCUGUGAAGAGGGAUUUCUACAAAUUAGGGGCUGCCACAGAGAAAACCCUUUCACAUACCGCCAUUCCUCACACUUAUGGGAGUGGUGGAACUACUGACAGAGCCCCCUCCAAUGACCUUGACGCCCAAGAGGGUCUCUAGGGAUGGAGACAGGCUUUCAGAACCUUCUGGAGUCUCCUUCAGGAUCUGCAGAAGCCCUCAGAAUCACAGCUUUUUCUGGGAUCUGAAAGCCAAGAAGGGAUGGAGCAGAGUAUUGGUCCCAGAGCAAGGGAGUCCCGUAAUCUCAGUGCCGGGGUUGCCACUCUCUGUAACUCAGAUGGUGGGUAAACACAGAGCAGGGGCCUUGACUAUGGUCUGGAGGUAUGGUCCAGUCUGCUCCAGUGCAGUGUCCUACAACUCCCAUCAUCCUUGACUAUUGGUCAUGGCAACUGGGGCUGAUGGGAAUUGGAGUUAGAAGCUCCUGUUUUGAUAGCUCAUUGGUAGAAUAUGUGCUUUGCAUGCAGACGGUUCAAGGCUUCAUUCGACAGUAAUGGGGAUCAGGUAGCAGGGCGAAGGGAAAGAAGACCCUUUCUGCCAGGAGAGCUGUUGCCAGUCAGAGUCUGCGAUAUUGGGAUAGGUGGGCAUUAGUCUGAGCUGGCUUAAGGCUUCUUCUUAGGUUCCUGCACGUCUCUCAAUCCUCUAGCUCAAGGGUAGGGAAACUUUGGCCCUCCAGAUGUUUCUGAACUACAACUCCCAUCGCCAUUGACCAUGCUUGCUGGGGAUGAUGGGAGUUGUAGUUCAGCAACAUUUGGAGAGCUAAAGGUUGCCCACCCCUCCUCUGGGUUUUCCUGCUGCACGGGUUGGUUGCAUCUAUGUGCAUUUACAACUUUCUCAUACUGAACACACAUAUUCAGCUCCACGGUCGUUCCUAUGUUUGCUCUCAUUUGUUGUUGUUGUUUAGUCGUUUAGUCGUGUCCGACUCUUCGUGACCCCAUGGACCAGAGCAUGCCAGGCACUUCUGUCUUCCACUGCCUCCCGCAGUUUGGUCAAACUCAUGUUUGUAACUUCGAGAACACUGUCCAACCAUCUCGUCCUCUGUCGUCCCCUUCUCCUUGUGCCCUCCAUCUUUCCCAACAUCAGGGUCUUUUCCAGGGAGUCUUCUCUUCUCAUGAGGUGGCCAAAGUAUUUGAGCCUCAGCUUCACGAUCUGUCCUUCCAGUGAGCACUCAGGGCUGAUUUCCUUAAGAAUGGAUACGUUUGAUCUUCUUGCAGUCCAUGGGACUCUUGAGAGUCUCCUCCAGCACCAUAGUUCAAAAGCAUCAAUUCUUCAGCGAUCAGCCUUCUUUAUGGUCCAGCUCUCACUUCCAUACAUCACUACUGGGCAAACCAUGGCUUUAACUAUACGGACCUUUGUUGGCAAGGUGAUGUCUCUGCUUUUUAAGAUGCUGUCUAGGUUUGCCAUCGCCUUUCUCCCAAGGAGCAGGCGUCUUUUAAUUUCGUGACUGCUGUCGCCAUCUGCAGUGAUCAUGGAGCCCAAGAAAGUAAAAUCUCUCACUGCCUCCAUUUCUUCCCCUUCUAUUUGCCAGGAGGUGAUGGGCCCAGUGGCCAUGAUCUUCGUUUUUUUGAUGUUGAGCUUCAGACCAUAUUUUGCGCUCUCCUCUUUCACCCUCAUUAAAAGGUUCUUUAAUUCCUCCUCACUUUCUGCCAUCAAGGCAGCAAAUUGGGAUAGGAGUGCCAUCUACUGAAUUACUCAGAAUGCCUUAGCAGAGAAAUAUUUCACGUACUGCUGUCAGGCAUCCAUCAGAGAGAUGUCUGAAGCACCAUUUCCAGCAGCCUUUCCCAAUCUGAUGCCCUGGAAUUUGACAACCCAUCAGCCCCCAUCAAGCCUGGCUGUGCCAACCUGGUGCCAUCAGGCAUCCAUACAGAACAUCUGGCAAAUGCUGAUUUAAGUUUUGCCUGCAAUUUAAAAUGGGCCAAAAAUUGCUCAGAUGCAUUGCAAUCAAAAGACUGAAGCCAAUUAUGUUGUCGGAUUACUGAGCUACUCACUGAUCUCUAUCUAGAUGUAAUAGCUGAAUUUUCGUGUUCAAUUUGGCAAAUGCAGUCUAUAUCGAACUGGUAGACAGGCUGACAUGUUUGUUGUGGAAUGCAGCCUUUAAUGGUGAUAAUGAUCUAGGCCAGGAUCCAAGGAAGUACCUUUGGGGUAGUUCAUGAGGGCUUGGGUAUGCUCAUUAGGUGCUGUGAUUAGAAUUAUAGAAUUGUAGAGUUGGAAGGGACCAUGAGGGUCAUCUAGUCUAACCCCUUGCAAUGCAGGAAUCUUUUGCCCAACAUGGGACUUGAGUCCCAUGACCCUGAGAUUAAGAGUCUUCUACUUUACUGACUGAGCUAUCCCAGUAAUUUAAAUAAACAAAUAAAGCCAUUUUUGAGCGGCAGUAUAUGCUGUAUAUUAGCAGUGGGGAAUCUCUGGCCUGGGGUGGGGGUGUUUAAUGUGACCCUCUAUGCUUCUCUGUAUGUGUCUUUGGGACUCUCCCAGAGCCACACACGCUCCUCAUUCUUUCAUCCUCCUUGCUCACAUACCCUCCAAGAUUCCUCUGAUGAAAAUAGGGACGUCCUAUUCAAUAAUAAGGGACGCGGGUGGCGCUGUGGGUUAAACCACAGAGCCUAGGACUUGCUGAUCAGAAGGUUGGCGGUUCGAAUCCCCAUGAUAGGGUGAGCUCCCGUUGCUCGGUCCCUGCUACUGCCAACCUAGCAGUUCGAAAGCACAAACUGCAAGUAGAUAAAUAGGUACCGUUCCAGCGGGAAGGUAAACGGCGUUUCCAUGCACUGCUCUGGUUCGCCAGAAGCGGCUUAGUCAUGCUGGCCACAUGACCCGGAAGCUGUACACCGGCUCCCUCGGCCAAUAAAGCGAGAUGAGCGCCGCAACCCCAGAGUCGGUCACGACUGGACCUAACGGUCAGGGGUCCCUUUACCUUUACCUUAUUCAAUAAUAAUCAUUAGAAUAAUUUUGUUAUUUGUAUCGUGCCCAUCAGGCUGGGUUGCCGCAGCCACUCUGGGUGGCUUCCAGCACAUAUAAAACAUAACAAAACAUCAAACAUUAAAAACUUCCCUACACAGGGCUGCCUUCAGAUGUCUUCUAAAAGCCGAAUAGUUGUUUAUUUCCUUGCCAUCUGAUGGGAGGGCGUUCCACAAGGCGGGCGCCACUACCAAGAAGGCCCUCUGCCUGGUUCCCUGUAACCUUGUGUCUCUCAGUUAGGGAACCACCAGAAGGCCCUGCAUGCUAGAUCUCAGUGUCUGGGCUGAGUGAUGGGGGUGGAGACACUCCAGGUAUACAGGACUGAGGCAUUACCCCUUUAGCGAUGUGGUUUGGUUUGGUUUGGUGAGUACAGUGGUACCUUGGGUUAAGAACUUAAUUUGUUCUGGAGGUCUGUUCUUAACCUGAAACUGUUCUUCACCUGAAGCACCACUUUAGCUAAUGGGGCCUCCUUCUGCUGCGCCGUUGCUGCUGCACGAUUUCUGUUCUCAUCCUGAAGCAAAGUUCUUAACCCGAGGUAAUAUUUCUGGGUUAGCAGAGUCUGUAACCUGAAGCGUAUGUAACCUGAGGUACCACUGUAUUGACUUUGUAAGCUACUGAUCAUCAUGCAAUGUGAUUUCAGGAUCCUGCAAGGUUGUCGAAAGCUGAGCACCGAUAAUAUCCUAAAACAGCUGUCCUCCUCUUUUGAACAGGGAAAGUAUUUAUUCCAAAGCCAAAGCCAGUACAGUCUUACACAGAAGAAAAAGUGAGUCUUGAUCCGGAACUGGAGGAAGCAUUGACAAGUGCUACAGACACUGAACUAUGUGACAUUGCAGGUUGGUUGGUGUGUAUGUGUGUGUUGAGUUUGAUUUAGCUUUUCUAAAAGCAUGCUCCUGCAUAUAAGUAUUCUUAAGGCUUCUUCCUACAGCAGGGAUGGGAAGCCACGAAUGAUUGGACUACAACUCCCAUCAUCCCUAACCAUCCGCCAUGUUGGCUGGGGCUGGUGGGAGUGGGGAGUCCCAACAAUAUCAGGAGAGCCACAGGUUCCAGUCUCUGGCAUAGAUGAUGAUGGUGUGAGCCAUAUCUCAGAAGAGUGCAUGCAUGUUAGUGGCGCUGUACAAGGAGUCGUAAGAAUGACUUUGGUCUUUGGGAAAUUCUGCUGCAGAUUCAUGUUUCCGUUGCCUUAAGGGCCCAGCUGCAAAACCUAACCGCUGUUUGUUUCUCCUUUCUCCUGAACAGCUAUCCUGGGAAUGCACAACUUGAUAAGCAACUCUCAGUUUUGCGAUAUUGUGGGAAGUAGCAACGGUGUCGCCAAUGAAAGUUUCUCAAGUGAGUUUCAUGCUGAAAGUCCAGAAAUGCAACAUUGUGGGUUCGACUGAAAGUGAGCCUCGCUGAUUGCAUUGGGGUUUCCUAAUGCAAUUGAGCACAUGCAGACGCAUGGUGGAUUCUUUUUGUGUGCCAUUUUUAUUUUAAAGUGUCCUAAGCUAUUGUCCUGGACAAGGCAGCAGCUUAAUAGGAUUCCUUCGGCGUGCCAAGGCUACUCUGUUGUGAGAGGUGACUUUGUGGGUCUCUUAUGCCUUUGUUAAGGAGGUUCAAGAGGCUCUUCUCGUCAUAAUAUUCCUGUGAGGCUUAAUUGCACAGUUUUAUGCCCCAUCUGCACAACAACAACUAUUUAUUAUUUAUAUCCCGCCCAUCUGGCUGGGUUUCCCCAGCCACCCUGGGCAGCUCCCAACAGAAUUAUAAUAAUAAUAAUAAAUUAAACUGAUAAAACAUUAACAUUGGUCCAAGGAGCAUCUUUAAAAACUGGGCAUGUGGUGGGGGCACGAAUCUUCAGGAUGUCUCCCCUCUUUCCCAUGACUUUACCUUCUGCACAACUACCGGCACAUUGUGCCAUGGGGGUACAAAACCGAAAAGGUCCAGAAAGUCAGUCAAUCCAUCUGAACAGCUUUCAAGACAAGACAAGAACAGAAGAAGGGAUCUGAAUGGCUGCCAACUGAUCCAACUGACUGGGCUUUCAGCCAGGGAUCCUUUCAAAGAACUCACCUGGCCUCCUAGGAAACAAAACAUUCCCCAGGAUUCCAUAGCUGUAAGGCGGCUGAGGGAGAGGCAGUAGGCAGACGCAAGUCCCACGCUGCCAUUUCAGGCAGACGGAACCUGCAGGCAGCUAAGCCACCAUGUCACUCCUAAAAAGUUUCGUGAGCCCUUUAAAAAAAAUAAAAUCAUUUUGUCCCGUCCGCCCAGUGAUGACACCUGGGGCGGGGCACCCCCCCUUCCUCCGCCACUGUGCCUCCCAUCUUUCCCAUGACUUUACCUUCUACACCACCAGUGCCACAAAGAUCUUCAGAACCAAAAAGGUCCAGAAAGUCCGUCAAACAACUUCCAAGACCACAAAAGAAGAAUCGCUGCUUUAUGGGCUGCUAACUGAUCCAACUGGCUUUCAACUGACCCAGGGAUUCUUUCAAGCAACCACCUGGUUUCCUAGGAAACAAAACAUUCCCCAGGAUUCCACAGCUGGUUGUGAGGUCAGAGCCUGGCCAAGGACGGAAGCCAAUGGGCUCUGGGCUCCAGGAACGCUCUCUCUGCCAGGCCCAGGGAACCACUGGGCAACUUCAGGAAGCUGCCAAGCGUCUGACCCUCCUUCUUUCCCUCAGAGAAUCCCGGGCACUGAAGUUUACCUCUCACAGAGUUACAGUGGUGCCUCGCAAGACAAAAAUAAUCCGUUCCGUGAGUCUCUUCGUCUAGCGGUUUUUUCGUCUUGCGAAGCAACCCUAUUAGCGGCUUAGCGGAUUAGCGCUAUUAGCGGUUUAGCGGCUAUUAAAGGCUUAGCAGCUUAGCGGCUAAAAGGCUAUUAGCGGCUUAGCGGCUUAGAAAAAGGGGGGGGGGAGCGAAAAAAAUCGCAAGACUUUUUCGUCUAGCGAAGCAAGCCCAUAGGGAAAUUCGUCUUGCGAAGCGCAUCGAAAAACGGAAAACCCUUUUGUCUAGUGGGUUUUUCGUCUUGCGAGGCAUUCGUCUUGCGGGGCACCACUGUACAAUUCCCAGCAACUGAACAAGAACAAGAAUAAGAAUAGUUUACUUAUACCCUGCCUAUCAGGCUGGGUUUCCCCAGCCACUCUGGGCGGCUCCCAACAGAACAUUAAAACACAAUAAAACACAAUAAAACAGGCUUCCUCAACCUUGGACCUCCAGAUGUUUUUGGCCUACAACUCCCAUGAUCCCUAGCUAGCAAGACCAGUGAUCAGGGAUGAUGGGAAUUGUAGUCUCAAAAACAUCUGGAGGGCCGAGGUUUAAAAAGCCUGGAAUAAAACAUCAAACAUUUAAAAACUUUCCUAAACAAGGCAGCCUUCAGAUGUCUUCUAAAAGUUAGAUAGUUGUUUUAUUUCUUUCACAUCGGAUGGGAGGGCGUUCCACAGGGCAGGCACCACUACCGAGAAGGCCCUCUGCCUGGUUCCCUGCAACCUCACCUCUCGCAGUGAGGGAACCACCAGAAGGCCCUGCAUGCUAGAUCUCAGUGUCCGGGCUGAACAAUGGGGCUGGAGACGCUCCUUCAGGGAUAUUGGGCUGAGACCAUUUAGGGCUUUAAAGGUCAGCACCGACACCGGGUUUUUUCCAAUCACCCCUCCCUCCCACAAACACUAUACAUUUAAAGCAGUGUCCUACCACUUUACAUAGUCAUGGCUUCCCCACCACAAUGCAACAGAGCUCAUCAUGAUUUAACAGUCAGUCCUUCUUUCCAGGGAACUCUCCUCAAGAUCCUUUCUGUUGGAGGAAGGAUUUUUUGGGAGCGGCAACCCAUUGGCGGUCCAACACAAUACUCAUAAAGGGAUGUAAUGAUUUGUUUGUAUGGUUGUAUCAGACGCAUUCAGAGCAGACCCCCUAAUUUCAGGUGGUCUACUACGAGUACAAUUUAGUGGGAUACAACCUGUAAUUUAUCUUUUUACCAUUCCAGAUUUUUCAUUUAAAGUUCUCCCAAUAUCAGUAACACAUGACAUCUUGAGGAAGCGGUGGGGCAUUGUAAAGAAUUUUGUUUUCCAUUACUAUUAUUAUUAAAAUGUAUAUACUGUCCUAUAUCCACAGGUCUCAGGGCGGUUCACAAGAUAAAAUCACAAUAUUAAAACACAAAAUACAUAAUCAAAAUAAAAACAAGAACGACUCAAUAACCUCCCACAAAUAGUCAGAGAAGGAAAAUUUAAAACACACACACACACACACACACACACACACACACACAGUAUUUGUAAUAAAACAUAUAAAAAUAAGCAACCAUCAGAUACCAUCAUGGAGUAAAUUAAAAGAUCAAUGUAACUGUCUUUCAAAUUAAAACAUUUUAAACAUUAGUUUUUUACAAUUAAAUUGGAAUAGAAUUGAGUUUCCUUCUGCAUUGCAUUGGCAUGGGCUCUGGCAAUAUAUUUUUUAAAGAAUUCAAGAUAUGGGAGGUUGUGCUGUGUACUUUGGUUUAUCCCUAUGUUUCCAUACUACAGACUUCUCCCUGUGGAAUUUUGUUGAUGGUAGUUGACAGUUUGCCCUGACAGAAAAAUGUUGCAACACCUGAACCUGUAUUUUAAAACUAGUACCGGCGCCGUUUGGGGUGUGUGAUUGAAAAAUUCAAUGUUCGUGUUUCUCACAUUCCCUGUCUCUCGAUUCAGAUGUGGUCAAAGGCGAAAAGAUCAUGCCCAUCUUCAACGAGCCACCAAAUCCCACAAACGUAGAGGAGAGUUUGCAAAGGAUUAAAGACAACGAUUCACGCCUUGUUGAAGUCAACUUGAACAACAUAAAGGUAACUGUGAAGCAUACAGAGAACAGCAGGGAUGGAAAGCCAGUGGCUCUCCAGAUGUUGCUGGACUACAACUCCCAUGAUCCCUGACUCAACCACGUUGGCCAAGGCUGAUGGGAGUCUAACAGCAUCCGGUGGGGUACAGGUGCCUGUUCCUGGAGUCCAGAAAUGUAGCUUUCAAAAUGACUGGAAUUUCUGUGUCCAUGGCAAUGUGGCUCCAGUGUUUUAUGAUGGCAAAUAGUGUGCUUAACUUAGUACAAUGCAAAUUGUUAUUUAAUUAGUCGUACCUUGGAUUCCGUUCGACUUCCAAAACCAAAUUGCAGCUUCUGAUUGGCUGCAGGAAGUUCCUGCAACCAAUCAGAAGCUGUGGAAUCCUCGUCGGAUGUUUGGGUUCCAAAAGAACAUUUGCAAACCGGAACAAUUACUUCCGGGUUUGCGGCAUUUGGGAGCCAAAGCGUACGAGUUCCAGGGCAUUCGGGAUCCAAGGUACGACUGUAUUGUUUUUAUUUUGGUUUUUUGACCUGUGGAUAUUUACAGUGGCACAUGCUGUCCUUGCUGAGAGUUUUUAGGAAAUCCCUGUUCUCAGAGUUCCUUGGAUUCACUGUGAACCAUUCUGGGAAUUUUAGCUCUCUGAAAGGGAAAAGGAACCCCGUAACAACUCUCAGCACCCUUAACAAAACUACAGCUCCCAAGAUUACUUGCUGGAAGCCAUGACUAUUUAAAGUUGGAAGCUGCCCAGAGUGGCUGGGGAAACCCAGCCAGAUGGGCGGGGUAUUCUUAUUCUUAUUCUUAUUAUUUAUAUGUUUAGUGUGGGGCAUCUCUCUUUCUGCCACCCUCUCCCCUCGUUUUCCUCCCUCGUGAAAAUAGACCAAGGGCCCCACUUCUCCCAAGUUGAAGGAAGGAGGGAACUGCCAUCAAAAUAUUAAUUGUGUCUUAUUCUCUUUUAAUUUUGAUUGAAGAACAUUCCCAUUCCAACACUGAAAGAAUUUGCCAAGGCAUUGGAAACAAAUACUUACGUGAAGAGCUUCAGCCUUGCGGCUACUCGGAGCAACGACCCUGUUGCUGUCGUAAGUGAGAUUCCAGGGUUCGCUAAUCUAGGGUGUUGUCUUGAAACGAGGUACUCAAAACAAUUGAGUUAAGGUAAAAGGCGGUGCAUGAGGGAGAGAUGCUUUCAAAACCUGUUGUGCCUUGGAUAAGCUCAGACUAAGGCUGACACUAGGGGUCUCAUUCUGGUGCAAGAACCAGAGGACAUAGUCAGAAGGGUCAGGGGCACGAGAGGGUUGUUUUAUUGAUUAUAGUUUAGAUAUUAUUUUAACUGUUGAGUGGAUUUCUGUUUAACUUUUAUAUGUUGAUAUUAUUAUUUUAUACUAUUCCAAUGAUUGUUGAAUGUUACUUUUUUGAUGGAGGUUGCCUAUAUUAAAGUUAUGGUUUAUUAUCACAUUUUUGUAUUGCAUUAGAUUGUCAUAAGAUGUACAUUUUUUGUUUCUUCAGCUUGUAAACCGCCUUGAGUAUUGUAAGAUAGAAAGGCGGUAUACAAAUGAAAAAUGAUAAAAUGAUAAUGAGGGGGAGAUGAGGCAAGACUAGUCCCUUCAGCAGCUUUUCACAAUAAUGAGUUGUUCAAACUGAGAAAUUGACUUGGAUGUUUGGGUUUUUAUAGGGCCUGGUGGGCUCUGAUUGGCCAGGGGUUGGUCAGCUGACAGUGUUCCGGUAGUUUCUGAAGCCUAGGUGAUACUGUUGCGCUGUAGAAUUUAGCCAGGUUUGCAGGAUGAGGCAAGGCUGAAAGCAUUGUAAGAUGUUGGUGGAAGGGAAGUCUUGAACCAGGACACCGUCACUCUCAUCGCCUUUUGGGUAUUGACCGUUAUGGUGUAGGCUUUCAUUCAUGCCUGACAUGGUCGUACUCUACUUUGGUUUUCCUUAUGGGCUGAUUUCAUUGACACCUCUUUGUAUUUCAAGGCUUUUGCCGACAUGCUGAGGGUGAACAAAACACUGAAGAGUCUAAACAUUGAAUCCAACUUCAUCACCGGUGUGGGCAUAUUGGCAUUGGUCGAAGCACUCAAGGAGAACGAAACCCUGACCGAAAUAAAGAUCGAUAACCAGGUAACUUCAGCUGCUUCUUAUGCAAAGUUAACUGUCAAAGUGCAGGCUAGCCAGGAUCCAAAGCUUUGUUGUGAAAAAUAAAUAAUUCUAGUUUGGUGGGGGUGAGGCUGAAGGUUGAGCUAUUGGUCCACCUCUCAAAUGACACUGUUUGGUGGAAGCUGUAACUGCAUAGAUUCUGCAUUCAGACCUUCUACUGAACACUCAGAGGGCUGAGAGAUUGAAAGUGAGGGCCUAUUGGCCGCAUUACACAUUUCAAAUGUCUCCUUUCAGCCUGAAUGUUGUAGUGGGACAAAUUAGGCAAUUUUACCCUUCAGAGGAGUGAUGCCUUUGGAGUAAUUAAUCCUUUCCUGAAGCAUUUUUUAAAUAAAAAAAAUCCUUCCAGUAGCACCUUGUUAUUGGUAUGAUCUUUCGUGUGCAUGUCUCUCUAUUUCCAUCUGUCUGCCAACUGCUUUCCCAACUGCUUCUUCCCAACCAACCAACUAACUAAACAUUGUGGCCGAUGCUUUAUCAAGAAGACUCGAUGAUUCUUGUGUGAGGGGAGGUAGAAAUAAACUUUAAAUGCAUUUGAAACGCUGUUACCCUUUACCCUCUUAGUCUUAUUUUAUCCUGGCUCUAACUUUUAUCCUGGCUCCCUCCCCCCUUAAAGAAGUUUGAUCAGACCCGAUGAUGAAGGUUAACCAUGGACAGUUAAUAAUUUUUCCUCUGUUCAGUUAUCCCUACUGAUCAAACUUCUUUAAUCUGGGAGGGAUGUGGCGUUUGCCCGUUCUUUUGAAAAUGUCUGUACAGGGGGAGAGAAAGAGUUAAUAGGUAGACCAAUAGAAAGCCAGAGGCGGAGCCUACCUGUUUAUAAAAGGGGUUAGCCCAAGGUUUAGUUGGUUGGUUGGUUGGGAAAAGCAGUUGGGAAAGCAGUUGGCAGACAGAUGGAAAUAGAGAGACAGUUAGUGCAGUUGGUUCUUGUGUGAGGGUCCCUACAGAAGUUGAAGCUAUACAUCUGGGCAACAGUGUGCAUGCACACGAAAGCUCAUACCAAUAACAAACUUAGUUGGUCACUAAGGUGCUACUGGAAGGAUUUUUAAAAAAAUUUUUUUGACUACAGCAGACCAACACGGCUACCUACCUGUAACAUUUUUUAAUCUACAACAUGAAUUUAAUUCUCUCUCCCCCGCUUAGUUCUGUGUUGGUCUUGAACAGCCGCCUUCCAAUGACAGUAAUUGCCCUAUAACUUUAAUUGCUGAGACUAAAAAUAGCUGUUUUGUUUUUUUAAAAAAUGUUAGCUACUCUUUACAUACUAGUUAUUAAACAAAUUAGUUUUGACAGUUGAGAUAGGGAUGUUGUGGUAUUGUUUUUAACAUGCGGUUUGCAAUCUCUGCACACACAUAGUCCAUAUCUGUCCUGAGCUUACAAUUUUUUUAAAUAAUUAGAUAUGCUCUGAUAUCUUAUAUUUUAAAAAAUGGUUUGUCUGUUUUUCUCUCGGGGCAUUUGGACACCUCUUAAGAUACCGUAACCAAAUACGCAUGAUGGUUUCUGAAACCUGGUUUUCAUCUGUGUUUGGAUAAAACUGAGCACCAUUCUGAAUCAAGAUGACAGACCAAACCUUUCAAAAUGGCACUGACUUCUUAAAAUCACUGGAGUUUUUAUUAGUUUCUUAAAAUUCCCAAGCAGUGUCAGUUCAUAGAAUCAUAGAAUUGGAAGGGACCCAAGGGUCAUCUAGUCCAACCCCCUGCAAUGCUAAAGCAUCCAUGACAGAUGGCCAUCCAACCUCUGCUUAAAAACCUCCUAGGAAGGAGAGUCCACCACCUCUUGUGGGAGUCUGUUUGACUGCCAAACUGCUCUUACUGUGAGUUGUGAGGCUGCCAGGGCAGUAUCAAAGCAUUAAUAAUGAUAAUAAUAAUUUUAUUUUUACCCUAUCUGACUCUUAUUGAAAGCAGGAGACGAUUUGCCUCAAGGUUUAAUUUGGUGCCUGAAAGUUUAAUAGUUUCUGAAUUCGAAACAUAACUCCUCUUAACUGACCCUUUUAGGGUCAAAUCACCCAUCUCAGUGUUCCCACUACUGAUCUAAAAAUCCCAAGGUGCUUAGGAGACUUUAUUUUGGGCAACCCUGGACCGACGUUUGCUGAUUUUCUAAUGCUUUGUUGAUUCCACCAGAGGCAGCAGUUGGGGACCCCUGUAGAAACGGAGAUCGUGAAGAUGCUUGAGGAUAACACAAAGAUCCUCAAGUUCGGAUAUCACUUCACACAGCAGGGACCGCGAGCCAGAGCAGCGGAUGCAAUUACGAAAAACAACGAUUUGGGUAAGGCGUUUUCUGCUGCAGAACCAGCAGGCCUCAGUCACACUGAGCGUAGUGGCAGCUACUUGGCAUAAUUUGUUUAAGAAUGUGCCUGUGAGGAAAACUGACACCAAAAGUUCAGCCCCUCCAGCGGAUAUCCUCCCCCUACACAUUGAUUCCUCUUCAAGAGCCUCGUUGGAUCAGGCCUAAGGCCUGUCUCAGGGGUGGGGAACCUCAAACUAAAUGUGGCCCUCUAGGUUGCUCUUAUCUUGCCUCCUUCUGCUUUUGCCUGGCUGGAAAGUGUCCUUCAACUCUGAUCAUUCAUCUUACUUUCCUGGAUGAAGGUGGGUGUGAAACUGCUGGAUUUGUAUAAUUGGAAUAUAACCUGCCGAACAAAGGUUAAGAGUCACUUGCAUUGCUCCAUCCUUCAGUUGCCUUAGGACCCCACAUACUACUCGUGUGUAGUCCUCAGAAGGUUGCCUGCUGUGGAAUGUGGCCUUCUGCCUGCAAAAUGUUCCCCACGUCUGGCCUAUUGAAUACCGCAUCUAGUUUCUCCUCAUGGCCAGCCAGAUUGAUUUACUUAGUCAAGGGAUAAUAAUAAUAAUAAUAAUAAUAAUAAUAUAUUCUGCCCUUCAUCCAAAGACCCCAAGGCAGUUCACAACAGAAAAAUACAAAAUGCGAACACAAAAUACAGUGGUACCUCGGUUCUCGAAUGUCUGCAUUGACAAACGUUUCGGAACCUGAACACCGAAAACCCAGAAGAAAAUGCUUCCAUUUUUGAACACACCUCAGAAGUUAAACAGCUUCCUCUGCGUGUUUUUCAAUUUUCUCUCUUUUUAAAAAAAUAAUGCUUUAUUAGUUAACAAAAUAAAUACAGUUAACAAGCAGUAAUACAGUUCUUGUUACUUGUACAACAAGCACAGGAAGAGCAUAAAAUAAUACAAAAAACAAAUUUCAAUCAUGUAGUGAGAAUAAACUACAUGUAACCUUAAAUGCUGUUUGUUACUGUACGAACGAAAUAUUAUUGUUGUGUUUAACUUCCAGGGUUGGUUGUUUUCGAUUUUCUCAAUGUGAUUUGCAGACUGCCCUUUGCGGCUUGAUUUCUGAACAUUACGGAAGUCAAACGGUUUUCCGGAUUAUGUUCGAGAACCGAGAUACCACUGUAUGUAAUAAAACAGACCUGAACAAGUAAUGCCUCCUUCCACAAAAUGCUGCUAUUUAACUGUAAAGUUUUCCAGAGUGGCUCCCCUGAGACUUAUAACAAACCCAAGGGAAGAGGAAUUGGAGGGAAUGGGGAGGAAAGCAAGCAGGUUUAACCACAAGUGUCCUGGGUAGUAGAUGUUGCCUAUUGGGAGUGGUAGGGCCAAAGGCCAAACAGUCUGUUGUGCCUGAGCCACUGACAGGGAGAGCCAACCCCAUUCUAGUUUUGGCCCCGUCCUCUUCCCCGCUGAGUUCUACAAAGGGCAGCACUGAGGCUAAGGCGGAGCUGACCAGCUGUUUGUAAAUAGGAAGGUGGUUGGGUAGAGAGCUGGCUGAGGGCAUUUUGCAAUGCGAGAAUCUUUUUGCCCAAUGUGGGACUCAAAACCAUGACCCUGUACUGAGAUGAAGCGACUCAUGCUCUACUGACUGAGCUUAAGAGUUGCUUGAACAGCUACUAACAAAGAGUACAGUGGUACCUCGGGUUAAGUACUUAAUUCGUUCCGGAGGUCCGUUCUUAACCUGAAACUGUUCUUAACCUGAAGCACCACUUUAGCUAAUGGGGCCUCCUGCUGCCGCCGCGCCGCCGGAGCACGAUUUCUGUUCUCCUCCUGAAGCAAAGUUCUUCACCCGAGGUACUAUUUCUGGGUUAGCGAAGUCUGUAACCUGAAGCGUAUGUAACCUGAAGUGUAUGUAACCCGAAGUACCACUGUACAUGCAAAGCACCUGUGGGAUGGAGGGCAAAAGGUGCCCUCAACACUGCAGGAAAAGACUCUAGGCUUCUAAGGAAAUAUAACUUGGCCUCUUCUUACUUUCAUUUUCAAAAAGCUGCUCAGCACAUUGUAAACUUUCCUGUUUUCCACCGCUGCCCCAAAUUCCAGCUGUGAUAUGUCAUUGCUGGAUGGUCUAUCCUUUCUCAUCUAUUUAUAUCUUGCUUUUUUAUUUUGCUUUCCUAGUUUGGCGUAUAGGAGUAAAAAUGUCAUCAAAUGCCCUUUCAUCUCUUCAGCCCUGAAGCUUCUGAGACAGGUUAUUGCAAACGCCCAACUGGGUACUGAACACUGCAAGAGAAACUCUCUUAAAACCUCUCCUUGUCUCUGUAUGAGUCUCCUAACAGCUCUUCGUGUGCACACUGUUGCUCCAUGUUUCCAUCACACUCUUCUGCAUGCUUUUUUUUCAUUUCGUGGAGGCUCUGGAAUUCCAUUCUAAUAGCAUGAUUAAUUAGGGAGGUGCAAAUGAAAUCCUGUACAAUUCUGUUCUUGAGGCAGUUUCAUGCAGCAAUGGGUUGCAAUAUAUAGUGUCAUAAUGGGUCGCUGUUUUUAAAGAACAGGCUCAGAACUGAUUGGGCUCAAAAGUGUAGGGUGCGGAAUAAAGAAAAAUACAAAAUAAAUGUAACAAGUGGACUUUUCCACUUGCAUGUCGACACGUUUGGGUGCUGCUGUUAACAAGGUUGUUGAUAAUAAUAAUAAUAAUUUAAUAAUAAUUUAUUAUUUAUACCCCGCCCAUCUGGCUGAGUUUCCCCAGCCACUCUGGGCGGCUUCCAAUCGAGUGUUAAAAACAAUACAGCGUUAAAUAUUAAAAACUUCCCUAAACAGGGCUGCCUUCAGAUGUCUUUUAAAGAUAUAAAAUAAUAAUUUAUUAUUAAAAGAUUUCACUUCCUUUGGGAUACCCUCCUUGAUCCAGUUAAAUAAAAUCAACGUUGGACUAAGUUCUAGUGUAAUUCCCAUAAUUCAUGUUAUAUUCACCACCAAAAAUACGUUAUUAUCAUGUAUUUAUUACCCACCCUUCACCCUAAGGUCUUAGGGCAGGUUACAGCAAUUAAAACACAAUGUUAAAAACAGUUCAAACCAUCUUGCAAACACAGAUUGAGGUGGGUCCUAAAUAUAUAUCAAAAGCCAGGGUGAAGAUGUGUGUUUGGUGUUUACUGAAAGCUGUACAAUGGAGAAGCCUGGGGCACCUGUUUUGGGAGAGAAUUUCACAAUUUUGGGGCUGCCACAGAGAAGGCCGUUUUCCGAGCCACCUCAGCCCCAAGCUUCUGAGGAUGGGAAAACAACCAAUAGGGUCUCCUCUUCAAUCUUAACACCCAAAGCGGUCUGUAGGGCUUUAAACACUAACAUGGGCACCUUAAAUUGGGCCUGGAAAUAAACUCAGCAACCAGUGCACUUGUAUUAAAACACGUUAGGUAAGAUCUAAACAGAACCGCUGGCAGUAAUCUAUCUGGCCACUGCAUUUUGGACCAGUGGAGGUUUUCAAGUCGUCUCCAAAGUGGAACGUGUUCCAAUAAUCCAAUCUUUGGGGCAUUUUGUUCUUUCCCAGUUUGGACGCUGCAAUGAAGAAAGGUGGAGAGGGGCAUCAAAUUUUGAGAUGAAAGGACUGUGAGCUCAUUUCCAGUACCGAAUUAAAAAAUGUACUGGGCCAUGUGCUCAGAGGCUCCUUGUUCCUUAAUUCUGUGGGCCCAGCUACACAACGAUAAUGGCUUAUCAUUGCCUUUAAGUUGGGUACGGGGGCACAUUUGUUCCACAAACCUAACUGGACCCAGCACAGGUUCCACUUUGGCCUGUGAGGCUGUUUCCCACAAAUGCUCUCUCCUGAUGUCCCAUAACAUCGCUCGCAAUUAUGCUUGCUGCCUCCACCAAUCAGCUGCGUAAGCCAACUGGGAUCAACUGCGCCAUUGCGUUCCGCAUUGGUUAAAAUGAAGGGCUUUUUAAAAACAUGAAUUGCCUGUGCAGGAUGUGCAGGAGAAUCCUAGUAUAAGCGGGCUUCAACAACUCUUUACCUUCUUCUGCUUUCCCUAGGCCUGCAAGUUGUGGAAUCAAACCAGCAGCUGCAGUUAAAAGGCACAGAUAUGUAGUUAAUAUCUUAUGUGGUAUAUAAAUUUCAUUAAAUUAAUAAGUGUGUCUGUGCCUCUGAGCUGCUGUUUUACACUCCAGCGGGUUCUAGAAAAAGCAAAUUGGAUUCUUCAAAGCCUAGGUCUGCCUGCACCAAUGGAGGGAGCUUCUUAGUUACCGAUUCUUACAAAAAAUGAGUUUUCGGUACAUUUAAACUUAGAAGUUUUGAAUAACUGUUUCCUUUCAAAAUACAGGGCUGAUACAUUUUUUUUUCCUCCUUGCUUAAUAUACAUGUUCAGUAACCUUCUGAAAAUAUUUACAAGACUGUUUGGACUCUCUCCACUGUUGACGUGAUGGACUAACGUGUUUUCUUAACCUAACUAAAAGGCCAGAGAAUUGUGUGCGCAGAAUUGGCCAGCUAAAUCUUUGGCUUAUCAAAUUAACUGUUUUGGAAUGAAUACCGUAUUUUUCGCACCAUAGGGCGCACCGGACCAUAGGGCGCACCCUUCUGUUCCUCCUCCGGCUUCGCAUGACAGGCGCGUUGCUCAAGGGGCGCUGCGCCUUCUCUCUCUCUCUGCGCAGCGCCUCUCCUUCACAGGAGAGGUGCUGCGCAGAGAGGGAGAGAAGGCGCAGCGCUCUUCAGCAGGCUGGAGAAGGAACAGAAGGAGACCCUUCUGUUCCUCCUCCGGCUUCCAGGACAGGCGCGUCGCCGCAAAGCCAAGGAGCCUGCAUUCGCUCCAUAGGACGCACACACAUUUCCCCUUCAUUUUUGAAGGGGAAAAAGUGCGUCCUAUAGAGCGAAAAAUACGGUAUUUCCCUGCCUGGUUUGAAAAAACAAAACAAGGUUUGCAGUAGGAGACCUCCUUGAACUGUUGCAUAAUAUGCUGUGUUUUUAAUCUCUUACCAAUUCAGGUCAACAUGACCUGCUUGCUGAGAAUUGUGUUUUUGUGCUGUGCAAAGACUCCAGACCCGUUUUAAAAAGUGCUGAAUAACAUCAAGUAUCUUUGCUAUGCAGGCAAAAGGCACAGGAAGAGUAAUUGCAGCAACAGCUCCGCAGUCCCAAUGCGCUGCAGCAUGGAUGUGGUUUGUUUUGUUAACCACAUCGCAUAGCCACUGCCACAUUACAAGCUGUUCUUCAGGUUCGGUGGGGCUUUUAAAAUUUGGCUUGCUGGAUGGUGAGAAUGGACCAUCCAUCAGUCAUGGAUGCUUUGGAAUGACAUGGGAUGUGGCUUGGAGCAGCGCAGUGGGAGAGAGAGGGAUAGGUGGAAUGCGAGAUGGGUAUUAGUUAUGUAAGCAGAAGUCCCUUUGUGCUCACUCAAGGAAACUUUGGAUCCAACCCAUAAUAAACAAAGGAAAUUUUUAAAAAUCGCUAAAGGGUAGGAGAAUUCAGUCAUGGCCACCAUUUUUAAUGUGCAUGACAGAUGCUGCAAUUAGUCCUCCUAGUUCUUGGCUGUUAAUAGACGUCAUUCCAGUAACUGAAACAUGAUAGCCUUACACCAGCGUUGUCUCAUGUCUUGUUUCUCUUCCCCCACCUCUGUGGGCACAGUUCGCAAAAGAAGAGUGGAAGGAGACCAUCAAUAAACCUUCGUGGCUUCCAGAUGUGUGUGGCAUGGAGAAUUUGGAGCUCAUCCAGGUGCAUCUGCUGAGAUGGUUUCUUCGGCAACCUCAAGAUUACUUCUUAGCUGGGUAGAAGGGAAAAGACUGGAAUCGCCAUUCCUCCUGUUGUCGGGUGUUCUGUUUUUGUGUGUCUGUGUUGUAAAUGUAUAUUUGUAUGCGUGAUAUCCAACACAUGUAUGUUCAAAGCCCUGUAACUACAUCUGCCCAAGAUCAGUUCUUGAACAGCCUUUCAUUUCAGAACUUGGGUGUGUGUCUUCCACAAAGAUAAGUACCAAUUCUAGCAUCUGCGGAGUAUCGUCAUGACAUGCAGUCAAGGAUCGGCAGACAGUUUUAAACCCGCAGGGAGGAAGUUUUCAGGCAGGAAACCCGGAGUCCUUAUUUAAAAUACGGACUCCAUAUUUUUAGAAAACAAAUGUUUCGGGUGGGGUGGGGUUGGGGGAGAGAAAGAGACCCUUCCAAGAAAAACAAAGGGCUUUGACCACUUACUUCAACUUUGUAUGUGAUGCGGAUAAAUCACUGAUGCCGCUGUUACUCCUCCGGUUCUUAACGUGCUUUGACCAUGUAGAAUGCUUUCUUGAUAUGGAGAUUUAAGCUUGAAACUUCUUUUUAUAAGAGAUUAUUAUCCCACUUUUAAGGGCUGCUUCUACUCUCUUACCUCAUUGGAGGUAAGUGAAGCCGACAGAAAUGGAGAUUGAAAUUUUAAGCCCACGGCCUUUGCAAUAUCUGGUGUUUGGUUGGCUUCCUUUUCUGUCAACGUACAGAACAUGACGUUUCGGCACCUUUGUUCUGUUAUGUCUGAACUGGAUGUAUUUAUGGACCUUUUGUUGUUUUUGUUUCAUCCGCGUCGUGUCGAGUUAUAUUCCUUGGAAUCUCUCUCUGUGUGAGUAUAUAUAUGUGUGUGUGUGUGUGCACAUGUGUGUGCGCGCACACACACACACACUCUUCAGUGGCAGCAUGCCAAACCUACACAAACGGCAUCUGAGUCAUAGCACAGCAUCAAGUAGCAGUCCGCUGGUAUGCUGUUUUGUAUAGGCCAAAACACAUGGCAACCAGGUUUUAUGCUCUUUGGCUGUGAGUUCUGACCAGUGUGACAUGGCACGUUUUUAGAAACUUCAGGCUUCCUGUACUUACAAGCACCCACAGACAGCUGUUGCGGCCUUGCAGCCUCUGAGCACCUCAACAGGGCCCACUUUCACCGAUGCCUCCCAUGAGCCACCAUUUUAAAUUACCCACAAUGCCCCAGGGCAGUCAACGGAGCAUCACUUGGGCAUCGUGAGGAAUUAAAAUGGCUUCCAGUUGGGCGCCACCAUUUUUAGUUUCCCACAGUGCUGUGGGGCAAUACAUUGACUGCUCUGAGAUGCCGUGGGGAUUUUUUAAUGGCGGCUUCUCAGUUGUCCAACCUUGCCACUAGGGGUUUGCUGACUUAAAAUGCCAAGUGGUCUUUUACUAAGGGCCCCCCCUCAACCCUGGCUCCAGCCCUUACUCUGCUACAUCCGUCAUGUGCAUAGGAAAUUUUUUAUUCUUUCACAAUUCUGGUGCAGCUGGCAAGGAAAACCCACAGUUUUCAAACAUCUGUUAAUAACAACACAUACGUUUAACCUUACAACAGCUACAACUAACAGGAUGGUUUUAUGACCUGAGCUUGGUUCCCACUGUGAAAUAAGGACCGUUUUAAUGCCACUAUGUUAAUGCCUGCUGCUGACUUACAUCUCCAGUUUCACGUGGUACAGGGAAUAAUCAUGCAUAUUGGACACAAUCCGUCAGGCUUCUCCUAUGCAAACCAUGAUAAAGGUCAAUGGAGCACAAGCAGUAGUAGUAUAUAGAAUAGGAUUUUAGGUUCAUUUUUUAGUUCAGGGUUCUAUCUUCAGAAAAACUAGGAAACAACUCUGGCCAGGUUCAAUCUUGUUUUUCCUUCAUUUUUCCGACAUCUUUUGGCUCUUUGAUUUGUUGAGUGCAAAUCUAAAUGGCACAGAGCAGAGCAUCAGGCCAGGAUGAAAGCAUUUUGAUUAAAGUUGCCCAACUCUGAUGUGCUAUUUUUCACAUCAUUGUCUCUUUGAAUAUGGGCCAUAACUGCAAACAUUUUACCUUAAAGGAAGUUGUGUUGAAAUCAGUGAUACGUUUUUCCGAGUUGGUGCACUGAGAAUACCAAAGCUAAAGUUGUGUGUUUCUGUAGGGCAGUCAUCCUAAAACAGGUGUCUUCCGGAUGUUAGGACUAAAACUCCCAUCAUCCAUGAUAGUGAAGGGCUGAUGGGAGUUGUAGUACAUACAACCUGGAGGGUGCUAUAGGGCAGAGGUGGGUUUUUUUGUUCGUUUUUGCAUUGUAUGCAAAGACUGCAUUAAAGAAACCAUAUUAACAUUUUUUUUUCUAUUGGCACUUAGGUGUGUAAAACAGAAACGUGCAUUUUUAAAAACAAUUUUGGAAAACAAAUCCAAAUCUCUUUUCUCACUUGCAAAGCUUUAAAACAGUCCCAACAACAAGGAAAAAACGGAGGGGGGAAGAGAUAGUUGCCUCCGUAUAAACAUAUGCAUUUUAAAAGUUUCAGUCUGUAAAUACAAUGCACCUAUUUAGAAGAUAGUGUGGGUUUGUUCUGAAAAAUCAAAUAUUAAGUAGCUUUCUCUCCCACUUAUUUUUUCUCUUUUGACAAAAUGCCUGUCAGGUUUACAGCCUGCCAGGCAGCUGAUACACCCAGUUUAGUUUUGGGGGGGCUUCCAAAACAGCCUGCUUCAGACAUAUGGAGAGCCACAAAACAGGAAUGGCUUUUUAUGAGAGCUGAGACUGCAAACUGGCAGGCUUUUUUUAGAGGUGUUUUCCCCGCCUUAAAGAAUGAACUCAAAUCAUCUGCGUGCAUUAAAAAAAAAAAUCUAUCUAUCUAUUGAGACUGCAGCCCUGCACUUACUUGGGUACUUGGCUCACACGAGCCACAGUGCAUGGGCAGGAAUGCUCCACGGGUGUUUUUCAACAAGUGGUGCUAUACUAAGUUGACCAAAACAUAAUAAAUACUUGUACAGUAUUGCAUUGUCUGAAACUCGAGGGAUGGGGUGCAGAAAGCACUGCUACUGCAUGACCUCCAUUCAAUUCAAUAGGGCUUGCAUGGGAGUUUGCCUACAUCACAUUAGGAUCAAGAGGUGAUGGUUUUCAAUUUCUGUAGUGCCUAAUACAAUAUAAAAGUUGUCAAAACACACACAGACACACACAGAGUAAAUGUUUCUCUGUUUUUCUGUUACAGGGAGGGUUCUGUAUUACUAACUGAGCUGGUUUCAUAUUUGUCAGAUCAGGUGCAGAGUUCAUUGGUGCCUCAAUGACUGUCAGAAAAUGUUCAAUUAAAAGAUGAAGGAAGGCAGUAAAGUGUGAAGCUCUCUUGUGCUUCGGACCAGGAGCGGUCAGUGGGGUGCCCUGUAGAUGCUUUGGGCAGCACCUCCCAUUGAUGGCCGUUGACCAUCCAAGAUGACCGUUGACCACCCUGGCUGGAGGUGGCAGGAGUUAAGAAGCACCUGGAGAGAAUCACCUUGGCUCCCUUUGGCCCAGAUGAACCAUCAGUAUUAUGGUGAUAUGAGCAUUUAGCAGCACCUAAAUUUAGAGGUCUGUGUGAGCUGGUAGCUAGCCUGAGAGAGUCCAGUGAUCAUUGUCCUAGUGGAGUAGAAGCAGGCAUCUUUUUAAUGCCAAGCAAUCAAUGAGUAGAGAAAAGAGGCAGGGAACUUGGUCUAAGCCAUCAAAUUGUCCUUUUGAGAUAGGACUUCUGAGGAUACUUUAACUCUUUCUAGUUCUGUAUGCAUUCCUGUUUCUACUCCUUGGAACGUAAAGCUUUCUGAGUUGCACACUAUAAUACAGUGCAAUUGUCUGACUUUUCAUACUUCAUUCCGGUUCACUAAGCUUACUGUUAAGGGCACAUAUCAUGAAAGUCUACAUACAACGAUGGUUCAGAAAUGACUGUAGAACUGGGCCAUUUCCCGAAAAGGUGAAGGCUUUGUGCAUUUUUAGUCUAAUGGUUCUUGCUGAGGUGAGAGACUGCUUUAUGUUUUAAAAUAUAUGCACUUACCCUUUUUUUAAAACAACAACAACAAACAACCCUUGGCUUUAGGCUCCACUUAUCUUGAACAGAAUGUUUUCAUACUAUAUGACAAAAUAAUGUGUUUCCACUUAAUACUGUUUACAAAUGUUAUCUUCUCUUACUAUUUUUGAUACAGAUAAUACUGUUUGUAAGCUAUAAACUUUCUCGAAUCUUUGGGCAAAGUUUCUGUGGGGGAAAAACAUGAAUGGGAAUAUAUAGGAAUGCCAGCGCUGUAUGCUGCUGUUAUUGUAAUAAAAAUAUCCAAAUGAUUUUUUCAAAGUAUUAUUACAAAGUGGUUUUUCUCCCGCUUU